GGCAAGACUCUCUUUCCUUGGAGGUUUUUAAGCAGAAGUUAGAUGGCCAUCGGCCACGCCUAAUUUAGCUGACAUCCCUGCAUUGCAGGGGGGUUGAACUAGAUGACCCUCAGGGUCCCCUUCCAACCAUUCUGAUUCCAAGCCGAGCCUCCCGAGUUUACUCGGAAACAAACCCUACUGUCUUCAAACGAUGCCUUCCUGACAUGUGAAUUAACGUGGUAGCCCAGUGUGUUCUGCUGGGACCCCCAAAGCUGCAAGGGCGGGGAAGAAACCAGCGCUUGGAGUUUGGACCAGAGUCUUAGUAAAAAAACCAAAUCCAUAAGCGAUGUAGGAAUUCCGCCCCGACCCCCAACCCCCAAAUUUCUGCACAUCUCCCAAGCUGUACAUCUAUGGGGAGGGCUGUGGGGCCUGGUCUUCCGAGGCUGAAGCCCAGCUUCUCUAUUUCAUUUUAUUCUUCAAACGAACGGUUGUUGUAGCCGCCCAGAGGGGGAAAGCGCGUUUUGUGAGGGAAAAGAAGGCGGUUUUGUGAGGGAAAAGGACUGAGAGCCGAAAGCGGGGCUGAGGUGCGUGAGGGGAAGGCGAGACCCUCCUCCCCUCAGCCGCCCGGCCGGCUCUUUCCUCCCUCUCUGGCCCGCUGUGUUAUUUCCUCUUCCUCUCGGCGGGCGGGAGGAGAGACAGAGAGAAGGGGAGGUAGGCUGGGCAGGCCGGGCUAGGAGGAGGAGGAGGAGGAAGAGGCGGCGGCGGCGCUGUUACCGCCGAGCGUGGUGGUAGGACGACGACGACGACGACGGACGACGUGGGGAGGGGAAUAGACCAGGGAGACCGACGAAACCCGCCGCCGCUGCUGUCGUCGUCGGGCGGGAGGGCGGCGCUAGGAGCUGGCGGGGCCCUGAGCGAGCUUACAGAGUCACCGUGUCACGGCGGCGGCACCCGCCCGCCCGCCCGCCUGCUUGCUGCCUCCCGGGAAGGCGGGGAGGGAGGAACUGCAGCCGCCGCCGCCACCAUCCCGGAGAGGCCUCACCAUCACUACUACUACGAGCGCCGCCGCCGCCGCCGCCGGAGUCGAUUCGCCUCCCUCCGCCCGCCCGCGCCGAAGCGAGCCGCCUCCUGCACACGGAGGGGGUGACUUGGGAGAGGCUAGGCCCAGCCUCGAGCCUCGCCCGGGCCCAGGCUGCGGAGCCGGUGCCGGACAGCCAAGACCGGGGGUGGGUGGGUGGGUGGGGAGGGAAGUGGGGGGGGGAAGGGAACUGGAGCCCGGGACGGGCCUGGGCUGGGCCGGGCCGGGCCGCUGCCGCCGCCUUCUCCUCUGAACUAGGAUGUCCCGACAUGAAGGUGAGUGAGUGCGGGGCCGCUGCUGCUGCUGCUGCUGGCCGGGCCUGGGCGACACCGGGCGGGGGAUGGGGAGAAGGAAAGGGAGCCAAGGAGAGAGCGAGAGGUGGAUCAUCAUGGCGCCGCCGACGCUGCACUAGGAGGGGUGGCGGUAGUUCGUAAGUCGGCAGCGGAGCCGGGCCUCGGGUAGCAGCCGCAGCCGGCAGUGGCGGGAGAAGGGCGGGCCGGAGCUGCUUUGCAUUGUCAUGGGGCCUGUGUCCGUUACGGCUCCCUUUUCGUCCCGGACCAGGAGGUGGCCUGAACUGCGGCCUAAAAAAAAAACGAGGCCCAGGCGGUUGUGGGCGCCUCAGAGCCUGGCCUGGCUUUGGCCCCGCCCUAAGGGGGGGAAUAUAGUAGUUAUGGGGCGAAUGAAUGCUGCCCCGUUUCCCGGGACGAUCUGCGCCUUUAUGGCGGGCGUGAUUUGAUACGGAGGGGAAGAGUGGAUGUGAGCGAGCCAGGCCCAGCUGGCAGGGGCAGGGAAGCCCAUGGCUUGGCGGGGUUGGGGGGAGAAUAGGAAGGGUGGGUUUUAGGGUCAGGCUUGCAUUGCCGGACAGAGUUGGGGGUUGUUGUGGGGCACGUGGGAAUGGCGUACAUAAGGCUUCAGGGCUAACGGCAAGUGAGCGUUUGGGACUGAAGCCGGAGAGGGAAGCUACAUUUCGGUGUCUAGGAAGGGAGAAUGGCAGGUAGGGGUGGCUAUGCGCAAGGAGAGGAUGUUGGGAAAGAAGUGGGGGCAACGCAGAGGGAGGACAAAUGUAGUUUGGCACUGUAUUGCCAAAGGAAAAUGGAUGCAUGCUCAUCAAAGUUAUGGGUGGGGUGGACGAUGAUUAAAUGGUGGAGAAAAACUGGCAGCAGUACCAGUGGAGAUAUAUGCCUGGCGAGGAGGGUAAUGUAUGGGUACCAGAAGCCUGAAAAGUGCACAGAGGGCACUUUGUAUAUGUGUUAAUCUGGUAAGAGAAAUGUGCACACAGAGUUGUGCCGAAGUGAAGUGUGGACAUGUGAGGAAGUGAGUUUUGAAGAGGAAGUUGAAAUUGGGGAACACUUCAGAGUUGGUGUGACUUGCAGCAUAUGCUUCAGGGAAUUCUUAUUUUGGAUGGCAGAGAAAGGCUUGUGAAGGGUGGUAGCCAUGAAGAGCGGAAAAUAAUGUAAAGUUGAAAAGGUUCCCUAAGGGAGAGUGAAUAUAUAGGGCCCGAUUGUUGAUGUAGAUAAGGGCUUGGAUGAUAUUCUAAGGUGGUUGAAUAUACAUUUUCAUACUUUUUUGCUGUAAAGUUGAUUGUAAUCUGAGUAGCUGUUGAGAAACUAGUAAAUUGCAAUUCUAUCUAAUCUGAUAGGUCUCCUCUAGUCUAGGGCAAGUAAGAAUUAUUUAUUAUUGACCACAUUUACAUUCUGCCUUUUUCUCCAAGUUGUUCAGUGUGGUUCUCCCCAUCUUCAUUUAAUCCCCCCAAUAGCCCUGUGAGGUAGGCUAGUCUGAGAGACUGUGGCUGGCCCAAGGUCAGCCAGUGAACUUCAUAGCCAAGUGGGAAUUUGAACUCUGGUCUCACAGGUCCUAAUUUGACCCUAUCCAAUGCACCACACUCAAGUAUAUAUACAUUCAAGUGUCUUUGUGUCACAUACGUCCAUAUGGGCUGAUAAAUUCACAAUAGCUAUUUGCAAUAUGACACUUUAAAAAAUAAGUGGCUAAUGUGUGGUCCUCCUGAUGUUGCUCUACAGACCUCCAUCUUCCUUGAUCAUUUACAGUUCUGGUGGCACUUAUGGGAAUGGUAGUUCACCAAAUUCUGGAGGGCCACACGUUAGCCACAGCUAACUUGAAACUUUCUUUCUUGGAUAUAAUUGUAUGCUGCCUUCCUCCUUUUGUUUACUCACAUUUUGCAGCACCAUAGAAGACAGCACGGACAAUAGUUCACUUUGCUCUUGAAAUUCUUUUUUUGUUGAUGUGGAAGUAAAUGGAUGAUCAAUAAUCAACAGUGAGAGGAACUGAAAAUUUGAAAAGCUUUGUGGGUAAUAGGAAGAAUUAUGUGUGACUAAUGGACCAUAUUUUGCUUUGAUAUAAUUUUUCUGGUGAUGUUAAUUAGCAAUAAGAUGACAUGCAGAAGUUAUAUGUAGUAAACUUUUAAACAAGCAAGCACGAAUUUAACAGCCAAUGGAUAUGGAACAUUGUCAUGGAGGCAGAUACGUAUAUAUUAAUGAUACUGAGGAAUAAGUAAUCCAUGACAACAAAAAACUUUUGUAUUUAAAUGUUAAAUGUUGCUGAACGUGUUAACUUCGAUUACGUGAAAAAUAAUCUUCCAUUUUUUACUAAUGGUUGGUGUCUUUUUGAUAGUUGGAACUCCAUUAGCUAAUUCCAUUAGCAAAUUCCAGCUAUCAAAGGGCACGACGAACCCAACAGUAAAAGAUGGAAGAUAGUUUUUCAGUGUUAUGUAAAGUUCAGUCUUCCAUAUUUACUAUUGGUUAGUGCCUUUUGACAGUUGAAAUUCCAUUAGCUAAUGGAAUUUGCUGCCAGAUGUGUCAAUGAACACAGCUUAAAUAACUUUACCAGGGGAUUUGAUGAAUUCAUGGAGAGGUAUGCCUAUCAUGGAACCUCCCUGUUCAUAGACAGUAAGCCACUGAAUACCAUUUGCUAGGGGCCAAAUGAUAUGGGAGUGUUGUUCCCUUUGUGCUCUGCUUGUUGGCUUCCUGCAAGCCUCUGACUGAAUACUGUUGGGGACAGACUGCUGGACCAGAUGAAUCCUUGGUCUGAUCCAGCAGAGCUGUUGCUUUUAAAUUAGUGAAUAGUAAGUUAUUUUACUGUUGUCCUUUUGAGGCUGAAUGGUUCUUACAAGGGCUGCAAUCCAGUUUUGUGCAGGCUUCAAGUAUAGUAGUGGAAUAAAGCUCCAUUGUAGCUGUGCUAAUUAAAAUUAUAACGGAGAGAUGCCAAGUACGUCUGAGGUUUAUAUGUAUCCUGUAGAUGCCAGCUCUUCAAAGUGUGAGAGCUUUCUACUAUAAAUGACUGUAAUAAUAGCUGAUUUCAAAGUACAUAUUUGCUUAAGUGUGGGAUCUUGGAGAUUCUGCAGCCACACAAUCAACUUGGUGCAUGUGCACAUGUCCUUGUAAUUUGUGAACUUCUGCCAUUUUACAGCCUGAUCCUGUGCAUUUUUACUUGGAAGCCCCAGUUCAAUGUUCAUAGGGCUGCAGCCUUAAAGUCAGUUUUAGUUUCUGCAAUGAGAUUUCAAUGAUGAAGAGAGAUAAUAUUUUUUUUAUUAAUGUGGAUCAACCCAAACUCAGACGCUCUAAAAAAAUCUGAAAGAAGUGUGAUAAUCUGGAGUGUUGUUUUUGCAAAUUAUGGAUAUUAUUCUUAGCUGCAUCUUGUUUUAGUGUUUGCUGUGUUAGUAUUUUGGUUGUUGUUUUUGUUGUGGCCAGUCCAUAAGAGAGGACACUAAAAUAUGAUGCACACAUGGCUACAAUGCUUGUUUUGGCACCUUCUGAGUUCCCUGACCUUUUUGUCCACUAAUAAAUCUACAUCAGCUGUGAAAUUACCUGAGUAACUCCUGUUUCAGUGAGUAAUGUUGAUUUUCUCACAAGUAGUUAUCUGGACACGCAGUUUGAGUCUUAGCUAUGGAAAUACAGUAGAAAGUUUUUGUGCAUCAGACAGCUGUUUGAGAGAACUAUGUGUUAAUGAUCUGAGAAGCCUUGGGUUACCAGGGUCCUGUAGUUCAGGAGUAGGUUGGGGUAUAUUAACUGGUGGCAAAGACUUGGGAACCAAAGCUGGAGUUCCAGGAAGUCAGCCUACUUAACUUGUAGCUGAUCUGAUAUUGGAUGCGGCCUCAGUGCCUACUAGAGCAUGCUGACAGUUUAUGUAGUGUGGCUGCACAGAUCCCUGCUGGUAGCUUAGUAAAGGAAAGCUUUGAUUCUGCAACUAGUUAUUGGCUUUCAGUGAAACUGCUUGCUGAACAGUUGUGUUUGAUAUAUUUUCAGUGCUCAGACCAUAUUUUUUGUUGCUCCCUCUUUGGGUUAUGGCAGCUGAGCAAUCUGGAUCCUGGCUGUAGGUUUGUGGGAACAUUUGUUGGGGAAAAGUAUAUAUCUGAAAGGCGAAUUCUCCUCUGUUUUAUGAUAGUUCUGAACUACCCCAUGACAUUGUCAUUGUUUUUAAAGAAAUUGUUUUCUUCAUCCUUCAGUGCAGAUGCAUUGUAGUAGGGAUGGCUUGGACUUAGCUUGAUUCCACACUUAUUUUGGUAUUCUUUGGCUGGUACCCGGUUUUGGCACUUAGGAUGCACAGCUCCAGAAACAAGUACAUACAAGUUUGAAACAAUGUCUGUAAUAAUGUGUGACAUUGCAGGUUUGUGUAUUGCUCCAAAUAUUGUACAAAUUGGUCUCUGUAAUGUAUGGAUGUUGAGAAUUGCCAAAAGCCUAUUUCAUCCAGAAUUCUAUUUACAACAGCAGUUAACCAGAUGACCGUGGGACAAACAGGGCAUCAAGCUAGCAGAGGUAUACUGCCUUUGAGUAGGAAGUUUGUUUUUAAUUCUCGUGGCUCAUAAUCAGUGAGAUUCUUGAUGCUCCAUGAAUUCUUCUAAUUCUCCUUUAAAAUCAUUAAGUUAAUGGAAACUACGUCUUGAAGUAGUGGGUUCCUUUUGAUUGUGCUGACCCUGUCCUAAUAUAAUGAAAAAGAGGAAUAACUUGAUUCAAUUUAUUCUGUGUACAGUGCAUAACAUAGCCUGGAUUCCCCGUCCCUGGCCCCUAGUUCAUAGGUAUUCACAAUUAUUGCAGGGAAUGGGAGACCUUGUAAGCACUCUACUCUGCUUGUCCUCUUGUACUCUGUAAAGCCACACUGACAUUUGACAUCACAGUAUACAAACAAUCUGUAACCAAAAAAAAUGAAAGAACAGAGGUGAGGGGUGGAAGUGAAGGCAGGAGUUAACAGAGGAAUAAUAUUAUUUCAGUUAAACACAUUUAGGUUGAGUUAUGGAGGGGAUUGUGAGUUGUGUCAAAGUCUUCACAGAAAAGCUUGGUUUUGAAGGAAAAGAGAGAGGGGGCACCAUGAAGUUUUUCUGGAAGGCAGUUCCAGGGGAGAAAGUAAUUUCAAGGAACAGGGGAUCUUGGGACACCUGUGGGUAGUGGAGUUAGUGGAGCAAAGGUCACAGGCAGUCAUAUAUAGACAUGUAAAAAUCAGAGAUAAAGGAGGUUAAGGCUAUGGAGAGGUUUGCAGGUAAGGACAAGGAGCUUAUACCUGAGACUGGAAACCAGUGUAGGAAUACAAAGAGGGGAAAUAUGAGCUUAUUAUCCAUGUGCCUAAGCAGGAGGAGGAAUACUGAUCAAGGAAUGUUGAUCAAUUUCCUAGACUAAGCAGAGUGAGGAGGGCUGCUAGGGAAUUAGUUGUAUUAAUGAAUCCCACUUUUCUGUUAAAACAAUAGAAGCAGUUUACAGUAGGAGUAUAAAAACACAUUAAGGUAAAAUGAAACUUCAGAAACACAUAACAAUAUAACAACAGCAAUUAAAACUAUCAAAAAGCGAGCUAAAAACUCCAGGAAAUAACAGUUCAUAUAUCGUACCAAACUGGGAUUUUAAAGAAAGGCUUUACUAACUAUCUGAAAGCAGGAGAUAAGCAUGGUAGAUCUUCACCAGGAGGAAGUUUUCUAGACCUUUUACAAUCUUGGUGCUACCAUUGAGGAGGCUCUGUCUCAAGGACCCACCUAUCUGAUCUUAUGUAUGAGUAGCACAGAGAGCAUGACAUCCAAGGGUUUUUUUUUAUUGACAUUUUUAGUACAGUGGUGCCUCGCAAGACGAAAUUAAUCCGUUCCGCAAGAGUCUUCGUCUAGCGGUUUUUUCGUCUUGCGAAGCAAGCCCAUUGACGGAUUAGCGCUAUUAGCGCUAUUAGCGGUUUAGCGGCUAUUAAAGGCUUAAAGGCUUAGGGGAUUAGCUGCUAAAAGGCUAUUAAAGGCUAUUAAAGGCUUAGCAGAUUAGAUAAAGGGGGGGAAAAGCGAAAAAAAAAUCUCUAGACUCGCAAGGUAUUUUCGUCUUGCGAAGCAAGCCCAUAGGGGAAUUCGUCCUGCGAAGCAACUUCAAAACGGAAAACCCUUUCGUCUAGCGGUUUUUCCGUCUUGCGAGGCAUUCGUCUUGCGGGGCACCACUGUAAUCCAAAAGUGCAGUAGCAGGAUUUUACAUUGUACCAUAUACAUAACAACCAAUAAAUAAUAAGAAACAGAAUUAGUGACACCAAGACAUCCAUGUUUCCUUAGCUGGCUUGAAUGUUGAAUAUUGAACACCUAAGUCUGAAGCAAAGGAAAUAAAAGUUCCACCAGUUGACAUAAAAAUGUUCUGGAUCUUCGGUCCGUCCUGUAAAUAUGCAGUUUUGAUAUGCAGGUGUGUUUUUUGGGUGUUGUUGUUUAGUCGUUUAGUCAUGUCCGACUCUUCGUGACCCCAUGGACCAGAGCACGCCAGGCACUCCUGUCUUCCACUGCCUCCCGCAGUUUAGUCAGACUCAUGUUUGUAGCUUUGAGAACACUGUCCAACCAUCUCGCCCUCUGUCGUCCCCUUCUCCUUGUGCCCUCCAUCUUUCCCAGCAUCAGGGUCUUUUCCAGGGAGUCUUCUCUUCUCAUGAGGUGGCCAUAGUAUUGGAGCCUCAGCUUCACGAUCUGUCCUUCCAGUGAGCACUCAGGGCUGAUUUCCUUAAGAAUGGAUACAUUUGAUCUUCUUGCAGUCCAUGGGACUCUCAAGAGUCUCCUCCAGCACCAUAAUUCAGAAGCAUCAAUUCUUCGGCGAUCAGCCUUCUUUAUGGUCCAGCUCUCACUUCCAUACAUCACUACUGGGAAAACCAUAGCUUUAACUAUACGGACCUUUGUUGGCAAGGUGAUGUCUCUGCUUUUUAAGAUGCUGUCUAGGUUUUUUGGGUAAUCUGUCCUAAUUUGUUUAGGGCUUUAAAGGUUAGUGUGAGCCCUUUAAAUUGAACCCAGAAACAAAUUGGCAAAGAAUACAGAUAGAACAACAUUUCUUUUUUUUUCUUUUUUUGUCUCGAUCCCUGAAGAUGCCAGCAGCAUUUUCCAUUAACUGAAAUGUCUGUGUUUUCAAAAAGGCAGCCCCAUGCAAAGAACUAUUGCAGUAGUUGGGUCUGGAAGUAACCAGGGCAUGGGUAACUGGCAGUAGGUUCAUCUUCUCCAGAAAAGGCUGCAGCUGAUGAACCAGCCAGAAAUGAUAAAAGGCCCAUUGCCCAUUGCCACCUUCAUUAUCAGAGAGGUAAUGGAUGAAGGAGUACCCACAAGCUGCAUACCUUCUGCUUCAGGGGAGUAUCUCUGAAAUAGGUUAAAUACCCUUAUGAAGAAAUACUGAUGGACAAUAUUUUUAUUUUAUCUGGAUUACAUGUGAAGUUAGGAUUUCUUGGUGCUGAAGUUGAAUCUGUUUAAGUUACUCUGUUUGCUUAAAAAAAUUCCAAAUGAUUUCGUGACACAAUUACAAACUUUGACUGUCAGUGCUGUUCACUCCAGCUUGCAUUCUGUGCAUUAACUGGCACUUGCCAAGUAUAUACAUUGUUGUUGUUGGAGUGUUCACUGUUUACUUCCCUCCACUGUGAAAACUAUUCAUGUAGGACUAUCCCAUGCUUUUCAGCUUUGCUUAACUACUUACUAGUUUGUAACACCCAUCUCCUUAUCCUAUAACUGCUAAAUUUCCUUAAGAGCAUUUAGUAAUGCUCAAAGUCUCUUUGAAAGCUCAAGCACAAAAUGUCAAGACUGUCUUUGUUCUUGACAUCCUCAAUGAAUCUUAAGAGGCUGGUGAAGCAAAACUUCCCAUUGCAGACUGCUGAUUCCAACCACCACCACCCCCAAAGCAAAUGAUUUUCCUUCUAUAUAAAACUUCAUAUCCUUAAGUUUACUUUUCACUAAUUUAUCUGAUGGAAAUGUUAUUUCCUGAAGACUCUUGUUUUGAAAUUCUACACAAUUGGCUACUACCCUAUUGGCAAGGAGAAAGGCAGAUUUUUAGAAAUCAAGUGUUACAAUAUUUUAGUCCUUAAAAUAUUAAAUUGGAUUGAUGACAUUCCAACCCUAGUUACUUGUUGCUUUGAAAUUGAAAUUCGAAAUUGUCAGUUCUAAAGCCUCAUCCUUUCUCACCUCUAUCCUGUUUUAAGAUUAAAUGCUUGAAAAUAAUGGUUCACUUGCGACCAUCUUUCUAGCAUCUUAUGUAGUAAAUAAACAUGGAUGCAAAUGACUUUGCUUCCCCACAGUUUCCCUUUCAUUAGUACUCCUUGCAUAUCUUUGUUACCCACUGAUCUCAUUGCCUCUUUGAUGGGAUUCUUGUUACUAAUGUGUAUUUUUAUUUAAGUUCUGAAAUUGAUUUAUUGUAGUUUUAUAAGUUGAAGAUAUUUAUCAAGCAGAGGCCCUUGGCUUUUGUUCUUUAGUUAGCAUACGACAUGGAAUAAUUUGUGGCCCCUAGGAAGAGAAACUAAAUCUUCACAUCCUUUGUUUUAAGACAGCCAGAGCACAAUCUAUUCAUAUAUAUAUAUAUAUAUAUAUAUAUAUAUAUAUAUAUAUAUGGCCAGGAUGUGGGCAUAUUACAUACUGGAAUAUGCUGAAUGUGUAUGUCUUUACAUUUUCCUGUUGGUGCAGUUUGGAUUAGCAGUUCAGCUAUUAAUGAAUUCUAUUUAUCAGUAGCUAAUGGGAUGAACUGCACUUUGAACCAUUUUACUUGCUAAAUGCCUGCCUUGGAAGGCCUGUGCAACAUCAUGGUUGUACAAACGUAAUGAUCUGUGCAGAACAAGGACUUAAUAAGACAUUAAUUUUUUUUAGUCUUGUCUGCUGCUCCUAAAGACCUUAUACCCAAGGUAGAAGUGGACGCUGAGCAGGGUGAGAUAUAUUCCUGAUUCUCUGGUUCCUGCCAUCUGUGAUUUUUUGGAACAUUGUCAGUUAUUGGCCUUAAAUGCACAAAAUCAUGGGUGGCUUAUGAACAGAAUUAUAGAAUAGGCUUGAGUCCUCUUUCAUACUUAUAUUUAUAACCCUUCCUGUCAGUAUUGAAUACAUAUUGAAUAAAUAUUCCAAGAUUUAUUCUACAACUUUUUUUACAAAGCGUGUACCUUCUUACGCUGAAAGCUUGAAAGUAUUGUAACUUCAGUGGUUGGAAUUCAGCAUAUGUACUGUACAUGAUGAAUGAGGUUUAGUCGUGCAAGAGGACUUCCUCCCCCUGUGUUUCUGAUACAUCUUCAACUUCUACACAGGAAACUAAUUCAGACUCCAGAAAAAUAGCAUCUGUGCAGAAUUACUCAACACACUUCACAAAGCUUAGAAUCUUUGAAUUAUAGAGUUGCAAGGUACCAAAAGGGUCAUCUAGUCCAACCCCCUGCAAUGAAAGAAUCUUUUGCCUUAUGUGGGGCUCGAACUCAUAACCCUGAGAUUAAGAGUCUCAUGCUCUACCAACUGAGCUAUCCUGUUUUUAAUCGAGGAGUAAUUUGCACUGAUAUUUUCUGCUCUUAAUAUAGUUUGCAUCUGUCAUUUGUUUCUUUUAAAAAGACAAGAUAGUAUUAUUUAGUAAGGCCAAGUGGGUUGAGCAAGUCCUGUGCUUACCUUAUGCUGGAUCGAGAUAUAUCACAGAAUUAUAGAGCUGGAAGGGACCACAAGGGUCGUCUAGUCCAACCCCCUGCAAUGCGGGAAUCUUUUUUGCCCAGCAUGGGGCUCGAACCCAUGACCCUGAAAUUUAAGAGUCUCAUGCUCUACCAACUGAGCUGUCCUUCUCACAUGCUGCUGCUGUGCUGGCAGAGUGGCUGUCAUAUCCAAUACAGGUCAAGCAUAUGUGAAUAGGGCAUAUUCAGUAGAAUGGUGGGCUCUCCCUGUAUAUUUUGCCUGCAGCAGCCAAGAGACCAUCUACUUGGGACACUCAUUCACCUUAUUCAGGUGAUGCCUUGCAGCUGCUGCUGCUGCUACUGCUAAUGGCUUUUCUCUCAGAGGGGUAAGAAGUAUCUAACAGAUGGCCUUAAUGGAAAACUUGUACUACCAGAACAUACAAAUGCAAUGAAAUGCAAAUGCACUACCAGAACAUAUAAAUGCAAUGCAAAAAAAGCAAUACCCGCCUGCAUAAUCUUUUGAAAUACAGCCCAUUGGUGGGUACAGCCCACCAAUCAGAGACACUUCUAACAGCCGACGAAAUCACCAUGAUGAGCACACACUUCUGCACCAUCAUACACGCAACAGCCAAGAUUACACCAGAACACCCCCUCCUCAUCAGCCUCAGUGAUACCACCAGCGGUUAGCCCACUAUUGCCAGUAUCCAGACAUCCUUAGAUUGCCAUAAGGAGUCCAGUUCCUUAAAGCUUUUCAUAAGCACAUACACAAAGGAAUGGAAGGAAGAUACACACAACACUUGCAUAUAUCUCUGGGCAGGCGGCUUCUGCAGAGCAAAUACUGCAUUCUUGUAGUGGGUCCAGGAUCUACAAUGAAGGAAGGAUCCUUUUACGAAGCAGCCAAGGGGAUGGGCCAGGAUAUGACAGGAAGGAUACAUACACAGUGACAGCCUUCAGUGACAUUGUAGGAGUUAAAGUCCUAUGAAGGAGAAGGGGAUGGGACAAAAUGGCCCUACUCACCUUUUGCAUGCAUGGAAAAGCUUAGUCAUUUACAGUGGACCUUCUGGAUACAAAUUUAAUUCAUUCCGGGGUUCUGUGCACACCCCGAAAAAUAUCCAGAGGCGCCGCUUCUGCCCAUGCGUGUGAUAGAGCGCUUCUGUGCAUCAGAAUGAUUUCCAAUGCAAACUGAAGAAUUAACCUAAUUUGCUUAGGAGAACCCACAUCGUUGCUUCCUCCACUAUCUCUUGAGAUAUUGGAAUAAUGAAAGUUUUCCUAUCUGGGGUAGUUGUAGGAGUUACUGGGAUCAUGUACAUGAAGCACUCAAAAUUUGCUGUAUAAAAUCAUAUUUUUUUUUAAAAAAACAUUGUUAUUGGUCUUCUUGCCAAAUUGAAUUUAUUUUUAGCCUUGCACAUCUUUGGGUAGUUCUCAGAUCUUCUACUUCAGCUUCUUAUUAGACUUCUGUGUAACAUACCAAUAUGUUUCUUCUUGUUUAAUUUAGAAUCAUUUUGCGUUUGAAAUCUUUUGCAGUUUGUGGAAUUAUUUUGGCCCUUUUUGUUGUAAGUGUGCCAUGCUGUUUACAGUCUCCAUGCAGCUUGCAGGCACUUCUAACUGCUGAUGACGCAUUGUGCAAAAGAUUCCUGCAUUCCAGGGGGUUGGACUAGAUGACCCUCGUAGUCUCUUCCAACUCUACAAUUCUGUGGUUCAAUGAUUCUAUGAAUAGCAAUGCACUACCAGCCCUCAUUUGAUUUUGUUUUUAUUCAGAUGCUGCACUGGAUUUUAUAGUUGUGUUGUCCAGCGACACAAUGUUGAAUUUGACCACUGUUGUGCUUAAUUAUGGUCAAUGCUACAUUCCUUUAUUCAGUUAACAGACACACAGAAUCAUUGGGUUGGAAGGGGACAAAAGGCCUCUGCACAGUCUUGUUUGGUAUCAUUUUCUUUGAUUAAAACUGAGACAAACAAGACAAAUGCUCUUUAAUCUCCUUUCCAUCCUUUAGGUACAGUGGCUCCACAUGAUUUCUGUUCUUUUUAUAUAUGAAAUUGCAAAGUCUCUUGCUAGCUUCAAGGGAUUCUUUUAUAUUCUACGCAAGGGUGAAUUUUACUUUGCCUUUAGCUCUUCUUUCUACUUACAACUCCUAGUAUAGGCUUCUUAUAUCACGCUGGUCCAGAGCAGACUUUACAUUGAUAGAAAGUUCACCCAUAGUUGCAUACAUACAUCAUUUUAUUUAUAUGCCGCCUUCCAUAGUUAAAACCAGUUCAAGGCAGCUUACAACAUAAAAAUUAUAUAAUUGCAAACAUAGCAAAAGUAGUUGUAAACAAGAAAUAAAAUAUCAAAAAGUACACAACCAAAUUAAACAAUUUCCAUAUAAAUCGUGAUAGGAUCUAAAAUAAAGGUACAAAAAAUUAAUAUUAGUAGCAGCAGCAACCCCCCCCCCCCAAAGAAAACCACCUAAACCAGGGGUCAGCAAACUUUUUCAGCAGGGGGCUGGUCCACUGUCUCUCAGACCUUGUGGGGAGCCGGACUACAUUUUGGGGGGGGGGGGAGAGAAUGAACGAAUUCCUAUGCCCCACAAAUAACCCAGAGAUGCAUUUUAAAUAAAAGGACACAUUCUACUCUUGUAAAAACGCUGAUUCCCGGACUGUCCACGGGCCGGAUUAAGAAGGCGAUUGGGCCCCUGGGCCUUAGGUUGCCUACCCAUGACCUAAACGGUACCCCAGUCUAAGUGUCUGUUCAGAAGCAUUAGCCUUUGUAGCUGGAGUCAUUGGCCUUGUCCUUCCAGGGCAGGUGGGAAACGGCCUGCAAGGCAGGGAGCUGGUAUUCCAGGACUCACAGCCAAGAUGGUCUGAUAGUUAUGAGAUCAUUAGUGGGACAUGAGGUUGCCUGUCCUCUAUCUCCGCUUAUUCCCCACCAACAUACUACAGUGGUGCAGAUAUUUACUAUUGUUAAGGUUAAUUAGAGUUCCCUCUUGUCAAGAUGUCAGGAUGUUAGACACCUACUGAUGAACAUUAGCCACGGAAAUAUCAAAUCUGGAUUGAAGAGCAUAGCCUCUUCUGCAUCCUGCUUCAUUUUGAACAUUUUGUUCCUAUUCAUAUUUUUAUUUAUUAUUUGACUAAUAAUAUAGCUUCUUACCUGAUAUUUCCUCCCUCUCAAAAUACAGCUCUUCAGCAGUUCAGAAUUGUCACGUUUGGACCAGUUGUCUUGCGUGUCAGGAACUGCAGUUCUUGAGUGACAGUGAUGUACUGGCCUGGGCGUUAGGCUUGCACCUGAAAGAUCUUGGUCAAGUCCCUAGUGAGCCACAAAGCAUACUGAUGACUUUGGCCAAGUCACUGUGUGUCAGUUGAUUCUAUCCUAGUGGGUUGUUAGGGUAGGGUCCCCUCUCCUUACUCCCCCUGUCUUGAGCUCUUUGGCAGAAAGAUAGGAUAAAACUUUAAUUCUGAAGAACAGAAUUAAAUUGACAGAGCCACAGUUUUUGAACAUCUUGUUGUCUGAGAUCUCCUAUACAUUGUAGAUGUGAAGAAGUAUAAUUAUUUGUUAAAACUUACUCAUUUUUCUAAACCUGUCAAUUUGGUAGUUUAUGAUCGAGUAAAUGGUGUCCAAACCUGUUUUUAAAAUGUCUGAUUUCAAGAGAGGAUGGAGGUAUAUGGCAGAAGGGGUUUUUCUUUGAAAACAGAUGAAAGAAAAUUCUAAGUGCAGGAACAGCUUAUAACUUACAAAAUCCACUCACUUUGCAGGCUCCUGGGCUAGACUGCUCUGUACUAUUUUGGAGAUUACAAAAUCUGGAUAGAGAGGAUUUCAGGCAUUCCCUAGGAGACUUGGUACAAAAAGUUUGAUGGCCCACUCUGUGUACUAAUAUGAAAAUACAGUGGCUUGUGUGGUUUAUGAUUAUGGGAGCUGGUGAGAAUACAAUGAGUGUGUUUACAAACAGUGUGUGGGUGGUGUAAUGCAGUGCUCGACGAUUCGUAAGUCUAAAUGCAGGAUGAAUAGGAAUGGGUGUUUUGUCUUUAGGAAAUGAGACUUGUGAUCUGGUGCAAAGUAUUCAUAGGCAUCAAUUUUUGAAAAAGGUGUCAUGUAGUCUCUUGAAUUUAUUCCAAUACAUUAAAUUGACGAGGAGUUCAAACUAUUUGAGGAAAAGGUACUAAAUAAAGUAAAACAAGGAAGCAUAUGGCCUGUGUGCUGGAGCUGGCCCACCCGUCUCCACAGCUUUAUCUCCAAUUCCUGGCGUGAUCUUUUAAGGGCAGCAUGCUUUAUUGGUUCAUCUCAGGAGAUAGCAGAGGUGGGAGAUAAAGCCCCUGCCUGCUCUUUAAGUGUAAUGGGCAGCAUUUUCACUCACUCCAGCACUAGAAAAAUUAACUAAUAAACUGAAACUGACACGGGGACAAACAGAAGAAGACGCCUUCACCCCGGUAUGGCUCCCAUUUAUCACAUACACAGCCCAACAGGACAAUGACAAUAAUCCACCAACAGCAUACAAAUCAAUAUGGCUAACCUGAUCCAAAACACCCACCCACCCCACUCACACACGAAAACAAAGAUCACCACAGCCAAUCACAAGCAAACAAUCACACCCUAGGCCAACCCCAACCUCUCUCACCACCAAAGGAACACAAGUGAACAACACAAGCAACGCUGACACCAAACUCUACAUACAUUAAACAUAAUAGAAACACCGCCACCUGACCCCACCCCCAUCCAUCUUCCCUCUCUCCACCCCCCCUUAACUUUUUCCUUUAUUUUUUCUACUCCCCCUAAUGCCUCAACAAAUGAAACGGAUUUGUAAAAAUGUUACAUGAAAAAAAAAAAAUACGAGGCACUACACUUCCGUAAAACAAGAAAAUCCUUAAUAAAAUAUUUAAAAAAAGAAAAAGAAAAAAAAAGAAAUGCUGCCUUUUAGUUUUCAGCUCCUUUAGCUGAGGUUCAGGAAAAGCAAAACUAAAUGCUGCUGAAAUGGUCUUCACAGUUGCAUGGGAGGAGUCAAGGGAGAGGGGAAGUGUGGGAGCUUGAUACUUGCUUAGUCUUGUUCCAGCUAAGCAUAAGUGACAUGCAUGUGUGAUUUAUCAAUAUAAAGAAAAGAAGGAAAAAGAUGACUGUGAUCAAGUCAUUACCUGAAAACCAGUAAAUUUCUUUCAAUACUUUUAUUUAAAGAAUUGGAAUUGAAAACUAUUUUUAUUGUAGAUCUGAAGUUAAGCUUUCCCCAUAAUUGUAUUUUCAUGCUAGAAAAGGCUUAGCCUGUUGAAUUUCUGCAUGCCAUAUUAAAAGCACAAGAAUCCUGUGUCUCUCCCGCCCCCCCCAUGUCAAUCAUAAACCGAAGUCUAGGUGAACCUUUUAGAGACCGAGUGCCCAAACUUCAACCCCAAACUCACUUAUUUAUCUCAAAGUGCCAACACGGCAAUUUAACCUGAAUACCGAGGUUUUAGUGUAGAAAAAACAAUUCAUACAUUAACAUCUUUUGUCUUAAAAGGAAAACACAAUAACAGAGCUUUCAAUGAUACGAACAACUUUUUUUUAAAGGUAAAAGUUUGCAUUUGGCAUGCUUCUGAACAAUUAAUGUGAUUUUUGCUGUUGUAUGCAUGCCGAUAAUUUGUCUAACCUUGCUGAACUCAAGGCAGCUUACUCCCAAGUAGAAACAACAGACUGGCCGGAGGCCCUGGCGCUUCAGAAGUCGACACCUGCUCAGCUGCUCACCAGGGUUACCACUCGAGAGCAGAACAGGAAGGCGGGUCGGGCACAACCAAGCUUGAUGGCGGAGAGGCAGAGCCAGCCCAGAGGCGGCCGUCAGGUUUGGUUGUGGUGGCAGAUGGGCUUGAUUGGUGACUUGAGUAGCGGUGGCACAGGCUUUGGAUGGAGCAGCAGUUUCCCAGCAUGAGCCCUUCUCCCCACACCUCACCCCCGGUGCAGCCCCGAGGGUGAAAAUGGUGCCCUAGCAGUGCUGGGACCAUGCUGGAAGCGGCCAGGAGCCUCCUGCAGUGCUGGAGUGCCAGUUUCACCCUCCUAGCUAUGGCCCUGCUGGGGUGACGGUGCGUGUGCCCACAGAGAGGGCUCUGAAUGCCCCCUCUGGCGCAUGUACCAUAGGUUCGCCACCACUGGCCUAGGCUGUCAAAUAUUGUUGGAUUACAGUAGCUCUCAUAAGCCUUAACCAUUGACCAGCUCUUACGAGCUCCCUGGUGUCCAAACAACUCACAUAUGAAACACAGCUCUGACUCCAGUCAUUGGCCAAAAGCACUGUUAAUAAAAACACUCAGAGGUCCUCUUAAUGUUAGGUAAAUUUUAAAUUGAAAUACAGUCGAACCUCCGUUUACAUAACCCUCUGGUUACGUAAACAUUGGGAUGCGUGCACGGAAAACCAGAAAGUAUUUUACCAGGUUUCGCCACGUGUGCAUGUGCAGAAGUGGUCCUCAGGUUGCGGAAACUUCGGAAUCCACCUGGACCUCCGGAAUGGAUCCCGUCUGCAACCGGAGGUACCACUGUAUUAACCUAUUCUAGUAUUUUUCCCCCCAGAGGAGUAACCUCUUUGUAGCAGAAAGAACACUUUGUAGCACCUUAAAGACUAACAAAUUUAAGUAACUAAAUUUGGCACUGUUUAUAUACUUUAGAAGCAAGAUGUAUAUAUUUUGUAAUGACACAGAUUAAAUAUUUGUUUUGCAACUAUGGUUUCUAAGAGCAUUUAGUAUGUGCAUGAUACAGUUAAUUGUAUUGAAGCUGCAUUUCUUAGUGAUGGCAAAUUUAAAAUCUGGCGGCAGAGUCCUAAUCACGCUUCUCAUGUCAGCUGGUCUGUAGUGACAUUUUUUAUUUCCAGAGUGCUCCUGUUCCAUUUUCUGGUUGCUUUGUAUUCUGUGAUCUGUUCAAGCUUUUUAUGAAAGGAAGAUUGCAUACAAGAGAUCUCCUUCCUGUCUAUGGUCCAUAGCCAAUGGUAGUGAAGAACCCCAUUAUUGUAGUAUUAUUGCUGCUACUACGGCAUCCAUGUACAAGAUGUUUUACACAGAAUGAGACGACAGGCCCAUUUCCCAAGGGGCUUACAUUCUAGAACAGUGUUCGAAACUCCCAUUGUUCUAGACACGUUUUGUGACAGGGAAUUUCAUUAAUGCAAGCAGUUUCUGAGCUCUGGAAGCAGUACUGGGCCUAAGAUUUCAGUUUAAAACUGCCACUGCUGGAACGAAAGGAGAAGCUUUUCUGCCUAUCCACUUCCAGCCACUGUAGGAGGACUGGAGAAGGGACCCUCAUGAGAAUAUUAUGGGGGUGGGCAGGGGAAGUAGGGUUUUGUUUUUUGCAGUCUUCAGAUGAGGACUAGACCAUGUGAAAAAUGAAUAUAAGAUUUUUCCUGCAGUUCAUUCAUUUUCAGCUUUAUAUUAUUAUUGUUUUUAAAAAGCGCGCCUAGUCAUUCCGUUGUGGCACCUAUAAUUUAGUUUUAAGGUGCCAUUUCGCUCCUAGCUUUCAUAUCUCAGUUUCUAACGCUGCUCUAAAAAUGGACGUGAGGGAGACAACAGAGGAAGGAGAGGGAAGCUUAUGUGGAAUAAUUAAGUGGCUUUAGGUGUCCCUGGUCUCAAGAAUGCAUUCUAGUCUAAUGGUUUCAGUUCCCUGGUUUCCCUUCCUAUUGUGAAGGUGGGAAAUUGCCUGAAGACAGGUACAAACAGGCAAGCUGUUCUUCAAGAGGGGGGCGUUAUCAAAUCAUAGGACUGAGCAGAAUGAGGAAGAGAGCCAGAUUGAUAGAUGUCCAGUGGGAAUUGGGGACCAAUUUUCAAGUGUUGGUAAAUGAAAUCAGACUUUUAAAAAACAUCAUAAAAGUAUUCCCCACAUUGUUUUACCGUUAUUUGAAGUUAAAGACAAUCAUAACUAUUAGGGAAAUUUUCAUAUCUUUGAGAUGCAUUUGUAUUCAGUAAAUGUUUUGAGAUCAUGCAGGGCAGAUGCAAACUGAAAAAGUACUGCAGUUGUUUGUUAUGGCGUGUUUCUGUCAUUUUACUAAUUCAAGAGUGUAUGCACUCCAUUAAUUGGGCGACCUGAGGGUAUAAUAGUUUUCUGUCUGUCUGUCUGUCUGUCUAAUUCAGUUUGGAAAUAGUUUUCCAGUGUAGGCCAGUUUUUGUGCAGAAUUGUGCAUCUUAAUUGAAGUCCUAAAAGGGGUAAAGCACCUUGUCUACUUUGUUAGCCUCAGUAAACAAUAACCACCCAUCAAAAUAGGACAGUGGUAGUAUCAGUGGUAUCCAAUGGUAGUAUCCUGGUUGUUGUGGAUGCAAGCAGUUUUAUUCUCCCAAUUUCAAACUUGUGCUACCAAAAGCUCCUUCACCAGCCCCACCUAGGCAGACUGCAAAAGACAGAACCAUCCAGAAAAGGUCUGUUGAACAGCACUUUGUAGAUGUUGGGGUGGGGAAGAAAUCUUUAUUUGCCAUAAUCUCUGCCACAAGAGGAAGGUGGCAUAAUGAGCUGUGUUUGAUCAGAAUUGCUGUGAUUUUUUUGCCACUUGGGUUCUAGCACCCUGAAGCUCUGAUGUAUACCAAAGAUUGGAGCAGACUCUCUGAAGCUGGAGAGGGAGCUGGAGAAGAGUCGCAUCAGCCACCUGGUGUUGUGUCUCCAUUCUGCAGAGUAGCCAGUGAUUUGACAGGACUGUUAGCCAUGCCAGCUGGAAAGCCCCUUAGGGUCCCCAGUAAUGGAGAGUCUAUUAGUCUCCCUGUGUGUGUAUCAUUCUAAUAAGGCCACCAUCCUUGCAUGGAGGAGAAGCCACCAAUAAUCUAAACCUUGACAGGAAGUAAUCUUGACAAUGACAAGGUGUUUGCUAAUAAAUCCCUCACCCUCAGAUUGCUGUUCUCCUGCUCAGUUGAGAAAAUUGAGUAUGUCUUGCCAUAUGUUGGUACAUGCCUUUGAUUGUCAUGGUUGCAAAAUGGAAACAAAGCAAUAUUCCCCUCCUUUACUUUGCUGUAAAUGGUCUUAUGUACAUAAGAGUAUAUUGGAAGUCUCACUGAAGUUAAUAUCCCUUGUGGAAAUAUGUGUCACUGGCUCUUCUAGAAUGUGGUUUGCAAUAUGUAUCUGAGUGCACAUCUAGUUCAGAGAAGUGCAGUGCAUUGAAAUUACAUCUGCUUUUGGAUGUGUGUUUGAUUUAAGCUCUCAGGUGUGUAUAUAAAUGCUAAUAUGUAGAUAAUUUUCAUUUGCAUGGACAUUCCAACACAGCUAGUCAUACAUAGCCAUGACUAGAGUUAGAAUAAGGUAAUUGUGUAUUGUGGUUUUCUCAUUCCACAACUUUGUGCAUUCUAGAUGCUACAGUUUCCAUAAGCCUGAUCCAUCACAGCUGUAGCUGCUAUAGUUAAUAAUUGUUGUUGUUAUUAUUUCAUUUAUAUCAAACCUUUUCCACCAAGGAACAUUUUCUCCAGGUUUCUCCCCCUCCUCUGUUAAUCCUCACACAACCCAGGUGAGGUAGGCUAGGUUGAAAGGCAGUGACUGGCCCAUGGUCACUCAGUGAGCUUUAUGGCCAAGUGGGAUUUGAACCCUGGUCUCACAGGUCUGACAUUCUAACCUCUCUCUACACCACACUCAUAGUUAGUGUUUUCAUCAGUUGGGGUAACUAAUACUACAGUGUUGGCCAGUUUUCCCUGUUGUACUUUUUGUGUCUACAGUGGGAUCUCGGGUUAAGAACUUAAUUCUUUCCGGAGGUCCGUUCUUAACCUGAAGCACCACUUUAGCUAAUGGGACCUCAUGCUGCCGCUGCACGAUUUCUGUUCUCAUCCUGAAGUAAAGUUAUUAACCCGAGGUAAUAUUUCUGGGUUAGCGGAGUCUGUAACCUGAAGCAUAUGUAACCCGAGGUACCACUGUACUUUGAAUGGAAGACUAGGUUGCCAUUUAGAAGUCUUUCUAGAAAUACAGUACCCUUAAAUUGAACGUCGUCAUAGUUCAAAUGAACAUAAAAUCUUGGUGCAUGAUACCAUGAUCAUGGGCAAAUCAAGCAGACUUCCAUGGGAGAAAUAUUUUUGUUCAGUCUUAUUCAUAGGUAAGGAUUUUAAGGUGAAGUCCUAUAUCUUCAUUGAUUUUUUAAAAAAUAUAGUCUAGUUCAACUAGUAAAUUACAUGUCCAGUGAAAUCCUGUGCAUAUUUGGAAUGAGCCCCAUUGUUGCUCCUCAAUAAGUGUUCAUAGUACUGCAGCCUGCAUGUUAAAAUGUCCAACAGGAAAGCUCUUUUUGCUUUUGUACCAGCUGAACUAUAAGAAAUUGGGUCAGAAACCAGUAAGAGAUGGUCGCUUCUAAGGUAUUUGUCUGAGGAUAAAGCUGAUAAUUGCUCUUGAUUAUAUUGUUUCCUUGUCUUCAGCAUUGGAAAGUAGUUUUAAUGAGUGAGGUUGCACAGCUAUAGACAGGAAGCCCAACCAAAAUUAGUUGGACUUAACUUCUGAAUAAACAUGCUUGGGAACUUGCUGCAUAUAUGACUUCAGCAUAUAAAAUGUGUCAGAAUUGUGAGAAAAUUGAACUAUUUCCACCACAUUAUAUUCAUUGGAGCCUGUUCAGAAUCGUAGCUUGUUUGUAUUUCUCCUCUGCUACUCAUAUCUGUGUGUUUGUUUUUUGCCAGAACUAUUUUAUUUGCCCUUCCUGUUUUUACCUUGCAACUUCUCUGUUUUUCUUCAUGGCAGCAAAGUGUUAGGUCCCUACUCAAUACAAAUCAGCCUGUUGUUUCUGCACUAGGACUUCCCCUCAUCCCUAGUUAGAACAACUGAAAUCUGUUUUGUAGUGUUUUUCUGGCACACCAGCAAGCCUUUCAGUCCAUGGAUAUUGUUCAGUGAUACGCCUUCUUGAAUUAAUUAUAGGAAUGAACAUUUCAAGACAUUAUAUUGGGUGCUUGUGAAGGAGGCUGUGGAGUCUCACAUAAACAGACUCUUUGAAUUCAUAUUUUUAUUGAUAACUUUAAUAAUCAAUAAACAUACAUUCAGGAAUCCUACCUACAGAAAACUACAUUUAUAAAAUAUGUAAUAUGGUUUUUCCAUCACAUAGCAACAACAACAACACCCCCAUAAGGGUAUAAAUAUUUUUUGCCCCAUAAGCCACCUCUCAAUGCUUGGUAAACAUUGAAAUGAUUUCAGAUAUAGUGGAUCGAAAUGUCCUUUGUUCCUAAUGCAAUAUUAAUCUUAUUAAGCCAACAAUGAACUGAGAACAAUUCAUUAGUUUUUCAUUACUCUGCUAUUAACAUUAUUGCUGCUACUAAAAAAAUUGCAACUAAUUUUUAGUCCUUGUACCAAUAUAAUUUAAAAUUUUCUAAGAUCAAUUUUGAGCACAGCAGAAGGCAGAGAAGCCACAUUAUAAUAACAUGAGUAUGUAGUUAAGGAGUAAAGUUAAUCUGUAAGGCCUAAAGUAUAAUGUCAGCUCCUAUACAAGUUGAAAUUAUACUUAAUACUAAAGAUACAUUUAGUGUGGAAGUCCAAUGAUCUCACUAAUAAAAGCUAAGGAGAAAUUAGGACUUUGGGUGAAUUUAAAAUGAAGACAAAACCAAACUUACAAUGUUUUAACAUAAUGAGUAACAGAGCGGAAGUAUUUAGUAUAUUUGGAACAAUACAGAACUGUAAAUCUGUACAUUUAGAAUCUGUCCCCCACCUACCCACAGGCAUAAAUGAUGUAAGAUCCAAGUUUCUUUUCAGUUUUAACUAGAUUUUGAAGUAUGGGGUUCUUGGAGACUUCUUUGUUUUGUGGAAAUAGGUGUGAUAAAAGAUGCAUACUAUUCCCAGUUUGUUUUAUAUUAGGCUGCCAGUGUCUGCAGCUAUAACCUCUUUCCCCAUGUUACAGAGAAUGUUGGAAUCUUUCUUUGGAUAAAAUAAUUACUAAAGUAUACAAAUUAAUAUGAUUCAAAACUUAAACAGGGUAACUUUGCUUUUCUAAAAGCAUUAUUUUAUUAUUGUGCAGCUCAGCUUGAUGUCAGAAUGCUUAAAGGAUGGUGAUAAAUCUUGUUACUUCCUAAUUGUGCAGGAGGGUGUCUCCUUUAUCAUUAAAAUACUGUACAUUCUGUGGGCUCUGGCUAGUCAAAGGAAAUGAAGUGAUUACAAAAAUAUUGUGGUAAGCAUCAGCACUUAGUUUUUUUAUGCUUAACUGUAAACUUAUUCCAAACUAUUUAAAAAAUUUAGCUAAAUUGCACCCUACACCAGUGUUUCCCAACCAGGGGCCAUGUGACCCCCUGGGGGCCCCCUGGAUAUUCCAAGGGGGCCACAGGUGAAAAUCGCGUAAAUGGGGGCCACAGCAUGAGGUUAGGGGAUCGCCGAGGGAGGUAAAAAGUGAAGGGGGGGGGAGAAUCAUUUCUUUUAAAAAAAUCCUGAUUGACUGGCAAGCCGCUUGGUCAAUCACAAGUGGGUAACCCACCAAGGCUUAAUGCUCCUUUUUGCCACAUGAGUUUUCUUAGAGCAGUCCUGGUUUGUUUCUGGUGGGAGAGAGUGAUUGCUGAGCCUCCCAUUUUGACCAGUAGAAUCUGCAAUCCAGAACCCCCAGGUCAGGUACGUGUGGUGGUGGGAUGGCAGUUGAUAGGGCUGGGCGAGCUGGAGCUGCUUGUUGCUGCCACCAGUGCUAGGCCUGACUCUGCAAGGUGCAAUCCACCCCAGUGCCUGGCAGAUCAGGGCUUUCAGAUGUUGCCAAGGGACACGGCUCGUUGGCAGCUUUGGCCCGGCUCUUCAAGGCACAGGGUGAAAUCCACCCCAUUCAGUGCCUUGCUGAAUGGGGUCGUCUGGUGCUGAUGACUUGCAUCUAGUAAAUACCUAAGUGUCUACUCAGAAGAAAGCCUCACUGAGUUCAGUGGGCCUUACUCCCAGGUAAGGGUGUGUGGGGCUAUAGGGUUUUAUCUAGGCAGCCAGGACUCCUCGGGAUGACAAGAUUUUUUUGCACUAGGUCAGUGAGGGCCACUUGCUUUUUAAAAUUUUCCCAUAUAUACAGAACUCCCUGUGUGCCUUUUGGAUUGUAUCUGUAGGUUUCCCCCUCUGUGUCAAAUAACUGUGCUCAAAUAAAUGUUGUUUACUUUUUAUAAUACAUGGAAGAUGGAUCUCCUUUGGGAGGUUCUGAACUCUCCUUUCUUGGAGGUUUCUAAGUGGAGGUUGGAUGGCCAUCUGUCAUGGAUACUUUAGCAGAGUUUCUUACAUUGCAGGAGGUUGAACUAGAAAGAUGAUUCCAUGUUUUUCUGCUUUAACUAUUUCAUUAUGUUCCUAUCAUUUUAUGUAAUUGUAUUUUGUAUAAAUUAUAAAAAUAUAAAUAAAUUACAAUGUAUAAAUUAUAAAAAAAUAUAAAUAAAACAUGUUCUAUUUACAAACAAAACAUUUAAAUAGGUAUAAACCUUUCUACCGGUAGGACGGGAGGGGACAUGGGUGUAGCCAGAAUUUUUGUUAGGGGGGCAGGUUUAUGUUGGGGGGCAGAACCUAACCUCAGAUUUGUAUUGAUUUGUAUUGCUUUUUACUUAUGGGGGGCAGUUGCCCCCCUUGGCUACACCCAUGGAGGGCCACAGGAAGGAAGCAAGGUUGGCAGGGGGCCACAGUCGGAAAAAAUCACCAUUCUGAAUUCAAAAGUCCUGAAAACUGCAAAAUGAUAGCUGUUGGCAAUGAUGAGAACAUGGAUGUAUUUCCUGUACCUUGAACUUGUCAUCAUGGGUUUAUUUUUGAGACGUGCAGAUGUUUUUGUUUAUUUUUAUAUUGUAUUCUGAAAACUGCCAUGAACAAAUGUGGAAUUCCAAGAUGUGGUCUUAUUACUGUACAUAAAGGCACAUCCAAAUCAAGCAUUUUUCUUAUUAGGACUGAAGAACGUAUUUUUUCUCCCUUUAUUGCUUAUUCAUCUUCUGGAAGUUGAAGGGGGGAGGGACCGUUGCAUAUCCUGUUGGCUUAAUUAAUGCAGUGUCAUGUGAUGCUUGUGAGUCAGUGUGAAAUGAAUUUCCCUAUAACUAGGGUUGCCACAUUUCAAAAAGUGAAAACCAGGACAGCUCAAAAAAAUUGUUGAGUUUUUUAAAAAAAAUUGUUGAGAUUAUACAUUUGGGUGCAAUUACGAGCGCUGAUUACAUAAUUUUUAGUUAAUGAAUGUAUUUUAACUAAUUGACUUAAAUUAAUAUUGCCAAAAUAUCAUUUAUAGGUAUUUUAAUAGAUACUGUAAUAAGUUUAACAUACAAAUUUAUUAACCCCAAACUACCAUGUAGUAUUAAAAAUCACAUUUGCUUCUAAAAAUAGUUUUUCAAUCUCUACUGUAGUAGCAUAUUGGAACCAUAGUUGUCUCAACCAGUAAAGGAGUGUAGCCUUCACUCUCAGCCACAUCUAUUACAAUUUGACUACCAUUGUUUAAUUAGGAGAAAUUCUCAAAUUGUGGUCUGCAAGCUUUGUUCGUUUGGUCACAGAAAGGUUGGAGAAGAGUGAAGAAUAUUUGACCUUGGCCCUGUGCUUGAUUAAUUUUUUUCUGAUGGUGGAGAUUGAGGCUGUUUUGACCUGUGCCAGCUUAUUGAACUAGAUAACAAGGCCCUGGUGUGGGACCCAUGACCUUCAUAGUAUGUUGCUGGUGAUUACUGAUUUCUCCCUAAACACCUGCCAGUUAAGGUACUCAUCUUAGCAGUCUAGCCUGGUUCAUUACAAGAUUCACAAAGAACCUCAGCAAUUUUCAAGUGGCCUAUGGAAAAUACAGCGAAAAAAGUGAGAAUGAUUGGUCAAAUGACACUUUAGCUCAAUCUGCCAAUUUAAAAUUGAUCCCUCAAACCAAAGAGGAUUUGCACCUUCAUGGACUGGUGUAGUUUGGCUACUGGAGUCUCUUGAACUUCCUUGCAACAAGUGAUCAGGUUCUUGAACCUACACUGAUGUGUAAGUGGUGUAAACUGGGCCAUUCCCACUUUAUGAAUUGUAAAUCAGUGUUAGAAACUCUGAUACAGUCGCCAAAUGACACCUUAAACCUGAGUUACAGUCGCCACAAUGGAAUAUCUAGGCGCCACCCCCACCCCCCACCCCGUUGUAAUGCUGAAAAUAAAUUGUGUAUAUCAUCAGUACAAUAAAAUCCAAAAAGCAUAAUGUGGUGUUUUUCCACACUUUUGCUGCUGUUUUGAUUCCCUUGGGUUAUUUCAGGUGUCUUUUUGGCCUUUGAAAAAUGGAAGCAAUUAACCAUUCUGAAAAGAAAGCAUCAAAAGGAGCACUGGAAACUGCACAAGGUUCCUUCAGGACUGUCCCAAUCAACCGUCAGAGCCCAGCCUGGCCCUGCAAAAAAAUUUUUUUUGGGGGGUGCUCUUGUAAAGGAAUCCAAUUAAGUAAACACUGCUCCAGAGCAUUUAAUUACAAAAUUGAAAUACUGUGAUAUUGUAUAUUGUUGUUCUGCCAUAAACAUUAUUUACGCCUUCAUUAUAAGAAAGCUUAGAACAUUUUGUUAAAAAGCAAACCCCUUUAAGUUCACCUUAACAUUUCUAGACGAUACCAAAAGAAACAGCAGCCUUUUAAAUAUGGAUGCGGAAACGUUAGCGGCUGAAUAAUGCUGAAAACGUCUUAGGAAAGUAGUCUGUUCCAUCAUUUAAAAUUAGACUGAGCCAUUUUUAUCUUUAUCCUUCUACCCUCCAGUGGCAUAGCUUUCAGUGGUUCUGUCCUAUUUCUAUUGGCAAUCUAAAUCUGUUGGGGAAGCAAAAGUGUUUGUGGGGAUUGGGGAGACAGAAAACACCUUGGCUGAAGUUCAAGGGCGCAUGGUCAUAGAACAACGUUGGAAAUUGGGUCAGUGUUCUGGAAAGCCAAAGAGAGGUGGUUUUAUUGCUGUUAAAUGGAGUCCUUGUAUGUUGAUUGAGGCCUGCCAUUUAGUUGGAGGACUGUUGGCUGAAAGUAUGGGUGUGAUUUUUGUUAGGAAAGCUGUUCUAUUGUAUUGUCACUGAUGCACAUUCAUAUUUCACUUAUCAAUAAUUUACUAGGGCUGGCAACGUUGGGGGGGGGUGUCCUCAUUACUGUUGUUCAUCCAGGUAGUCUGAAAGACGAAAAUGCACGGUGCAUUCUUGGUACAAGCUCACUGCAUAGCAAGUUGCUAUAUUUUCUCAGCCUCAGUGCUCCCUGCCCUCCACCAAAUUGUGUGGUCUACGUUACAGUGUUGCUGUAAGCACUAUUUCGAGUACCUUGAUUUGUAAUAAGUGAUCCGUGGCAAUACUGCCCUUGUGAAGGCUGUGAGCUGGUGUCUGCCAGUUAAGUGUGAGAGUCAUUGUAGAAAUACAGAACCAGCUGCGAGGGUCUGCCGAAAAAUAGUUGUGGUUUUGAGAGAUUGGUGUGGAUUGAAGCGAGGUACUGCUCACGAUCUUUGCUCUAGAUCUGUAACUGAAAGAGAACGUUCAGUUCUCUUUGAACUUUUGCAUGGCAAUUACAGACAGGCAAUUGUGCAAUUACUAUAAAUUAGAAGCUUGAGAUUAUGAUUUUACUAGGUAUUUUAAAACAUACCUAGAAACAUUUUAAAGUUGGUUAAAUGUUAUGUGGCUCUUAACAGAUACAUAAAUAAGAUUCCUAUUCAUGCAAACUUCUAAAUAAAAAGUGGGAAGGUUAUUACACUUUGUAGUUGUGGGUUGUUGGGGUUUUUUUUGCAAAUUGUUAUCUUUAGGAUUAUGCAUACGUUGGGUUGGAUCAGGAUAUAAAGGUAAAGGUAAAGGGACCCCUGACCAUUAGGUCCAGUCGUGACCGACUCUGGGGUUGCGGCGCUCAUCUCGCUUUAGUGGCUGAGGGAGCCAGCAUACAGCUUCCGCGUCAUGUGGCCAGCAUGACCAAGCCGUUUCUGGCGAACCAGAGCAGCGCAUGGAAAUGCCAUUUACCUUCCCGCCAGAGUGGUACCUAUUGAUCUACUUGCACUUUGACGUGCUUUCGAACUGCUAGGUUGGCAGGAGCAGGGACCGAGCAACGGCAGCUCACCCCGUCGCGGGGAUUCAAACCACCGACCUUCUGAUCGGCAAGUCCUAGGUUCUGUGGUUUAACCCACAGCGCCCCCUUCCCCCACAUCCCUGGAUCAGGAUAUACUCUUGUGCAAAUAUAAAAUCAAACAGAAUAACUUAUUCUGUUUGGUGGAUGGGAUUCUGCUCCAGCAGUAGCUCCACCUUAAGGACAAAGUGGGGGAAAGUGAUUUUUGCAGAUUUGCCCCCUAGCACCAUCUCCCAUGCUCUUCUUCUAGAGCUGCUUUUCAAAGGGCUGUAGGUGAAUGAGAAAUUGGUGAAAGUCUUCUUACCCUUCCUCCAGCAGAGUGUUCCAGGAACAGCAUUAUCCUUGGAAAGUCUGCAUCCAAAUCCCUGGCUGCAGAAACAUUGCAGAAUGUGAAGAAAAUUUGUAUUGUAGAGCAAGGAGAUCUCUGGAAUGUUCAGCUGCACCUGUUGUGGGUUACUGUGUGUUUUGAAAGGGAAGAUGAAUGAUUUUUCUGUGUUUUAUCUGACAAAUGUUGGCAGAAGAAUAACUUGUUGCUACUUGGGUAACAAGGACUAUUAGAGAGGUUGUGUGGUUGUGUCAGAUGAAAGAUGUGGAGUUGAAAAUUUCCUUCUACCAUAUUCUUCUGUUGAAAAGUUUCUCCUUUUAGAAACUCAUUAUUUCAUUUUGUUAUUUACCAUUCUUCUGAAUUAACACAUUGCAAGUCAACUGAAGUGGACACAAUAGUAGUUAUAGUUAAACUCAAAGUUACCAUUAACUUUUAGGUGACUACUACUAGGAAGCACAGAUAUUUAUCUACACAGCUCUUAAAGCAUGCUACAAUUAGUAUGUUAAUGAUAUCCAGUGAUUUUCAUACUUUGAGUUCUUGUUUUCAGGGUUAAUUAAGAAGAUAUUCACUAAGCAACCCAAAUGGGUUUCUUUCACAUAAUUGCAAUAACUACACCCAAAUUUGUUGUUUGUUCGUCCAGUUUAUAGCCCACUUUUCUUUCCCAAUAGAAACUACACGAUUAACAUGAAACACUUAACAGUGGAGUUAAAUUAAUUUUAAAAGUUGUAGGUAUUACUAGGUUCACUACUUUACAUUUAAAUAUAGUAUAAUGUAUAGUUAAUAACCAUUUCUUUUUGUUUAUAGGUGUCAGCUGCGAUGCAUGUUUAAAAGGAAAUUUUCGAGGUCGCAGAUACAAGUGUUUAAUUUGCUACGAUUACGAUCUGUGUGCAUCUUGUUAUGAAAGUGGUGCAACGACGACAAGGCAUACAACUGACCAUCCAAUGCAGUGCAUACUAACAAGGGUAGAUUUUGGUAAGUGAUUCUUGCUUUUUUUGGGGGGGGUGUCACAAUACAUAUAUAGUGAUUUUUAUAUAACUUAGGAUGUUCCCCAAACUAACCUUGCUCUUUUCAGAUGGCAUAUGUAUACAUUAUUUUGUUUUGCUUUUAUUUUUCUUCAUUUAGUUUUGAUUGCAUUUAAUAUGAGCACUAUUCAGACAAGCACUUCACAGGGAAUUAAAAAAAGUUAAGCCCCUUGCUGACACUUUAUGAUUUUUAGCCUCCCAUCCAAUCGAUGUUUACUUGGGAGUUAAGCCUAACUGGACUCAGUGAGACGUCUGAGUCAACUUGCAUAGAAUUGGGUUUUGUGUAUAAGAAGAAACAGGAAGAUGGGAAGGGAUAUUCAAUUUUUUAAAAAGCACAUGAGAAUUUUCAUAAACAUGAAUCAUCAAAUACAGGUUAAUUCCUUUUUAUUGUUGCUGUUCAUCAGUGGUUUGUUUUGUUUUAUUUUGUUGAACCCGAAAUUAGAAGGAAAAAUAAGUGAAGUUAAUUCCUUAGCCUUUCAAGAGGAAGUAGUAGCGUGGCAAGUGGAAGUAGAAUGCAAAUUGUAGAUACAGAAUUCAAAGUGUAGGGAGAUGUGAGAGCGAGAGAAAACAUUUCAAAAAUGAAUUGCUCCCUUUCCCCAGAAAACUGAAGGUAUAAACCUGUGCAAUAUGGCUAUACUCAUUUUAGUGGUACAGAACUUCAAAUAUUAAAUUCCAAUAAUAUAUAUAUGAAAAGCCCACAGCAUAAUCAGAGCAGAGUAAAAGUGGCCAGCAUUCCAUCAAAAACAACCAGUUGUUCCAUUUCGGUGGUCGAAACAUGUGUUAGCUCAGCUGGUGUAUGUUUGACCACCAAAAUGGAAUUAGAUGUCUAAUUUGUAACUGUUUCUUGUUCGUUCUCUCUCUCUCUCAUUUUUUUUUGGGGGGGGGGGGAGAACUGCUGUAGCCACUGCACUACACCUUUUGGCUUUCAUACAUAACAUAUUCACUUGCUUAAACCAUGUAAUUUUGCCUUGCUAGACAUACUACAGGUUUGGGCAGCCUGCGUAGCUUCAGUGCACCUUACUCAUUUCUUGUAUCUCCUUGGGACAUAUUGCUACCUGGGUUAUAAUGGUGCUACAGGAGUGUAGCUAUAAAAUACCUUCCAGUGAUGUAAGCAGGUUCUCUUUUACUGAUUUUAUAGAUUUCUCUUACCUUGAGGUUCUAUGACUUUAUCAUUAUUGAAAAGUUAUUUUUAAUAUCUAUGAUCAAAAUUUAUUUGUCUGAAGCAUUUUAAACUCCGUUCUUCAGCCUGAGAUAAGACUUCUUUGAGGCCAAUAUUUUGUUUUGAAGUGGUAUUCAAAUGGGGGGGGGGCAUAGCUCUCCAGACAAGUACCAGAGCCUAUAUUUAGCAGAAUACUGCCUCCAGUCUAUGUGGUUGUAUGUCUUAUCAAGUACAGGUUUGUUUAGUGUGGUUUACCUGCCUCCUCUCAAGCUUGUUUGGUGGUUUGACAAAAAUAGGAGAGCUGCAGUUUCUUCAUUCACACAUUACAGUGUUUCCUCCUCAUCCACUUAUGAAUUAUGUUUGUCUCCUGUAUUCCAGUUUUGACAUAUAGCCCUUAGCUUGUCCUGUCCCUAUUCUCUGAGUGGAGUUGCAGAAAGUCCAGCCAGAAAUUUCCCUCAAUUUAUUCCCUCCCUUCUGCCUGUCCAUUCCUUAGCCAGACUUUCUGUCAAAUCUUUGGGAGAAAAGGAUCUGUGAAAGAGCUUGUGUGGUGUCAAGCAGGGAACUGGGGAGACCCAGGUGCAAGUUUCCACUGCACCAUCAAGCUCAUUGGCUACUUCACAGCUUGUUGCAAGGAUAAGAUGGGGUUGAGGGGAAAUCUAAAGGCUCAUAUGUGCUUAUUUCAAGAAAAUGGGUUCAUCCUGGAAGUGUGGUGGUUGUUGCAUGUCAGGGUUCCAGUCAUGGAAUAUCUGUAAUCACCCCCCUGCAUGGAUAGGUUGGCUUGCAUAGUAAAUCACCACAACCCGUGCCAGUACAGGGAAGUGUAUCAUUGGUAUUGUGCCUUUUAUUAUAGAAGGGUCUGCACAGGACAUAGAUUACAGAUGGUAGCUAUAUGCACAACCAGCAGAGGGUUGUGAUUGUGCCGGACUGAGCGUUGAGAAGAACUGUGCUGCUUCUGCAGCGCUGUGCAGCAGAAGCACAAGGGGAGAGAUGGCAAAGUAUGAGUUAUGAAUCAGGCCUGAGUGGAACUAACUUGCUGUUUACAGACCAGCUCAUCUCCUGCUCUGCUUUCUGGUUUGUUUGCUGUAGUGUAGAAAAGGACUUCUGGAGUUGAAAACUUCUUGCAGAAAAAGAGGAGGCCAAGUUUCACUUUGUGAAAUGUGACUAAUGUCUACUGUGGCUUAUAAUUUUUCCCGCGUUACAUUUUGUUCAGACAUGUGUCACUGGAAGACCUGAGUAUACUGGGCCUUUCCCACUAUAUUGGCAUACCAUUUUCCUUUGCAUUUCAUUUUAAAAGAUGAUUCAGGAGUGAGGAGCAGGAACAAUUCAUAAACACAAAGGGACAGGCGGCUCUUUGCAUUUCCUUCUCUUUGAUGAACCAACCCCUUUUUAAAAUUGUUUAUUUUUAAAUCAAUGGGUAUGCAUGUGUGUUGCUUUUUUUGAAAAGAGAAAAGAACAAAAGAACAAUACACAUCUUGGGUGUAUAAAAGAAAAAAAUGGCAUCAUUUAUAUAUAUAUACAUAAAUGCACAUUUAGAUUAAAAUAAUGAAAGAGUGUUAACAGAUUCUAACUAAGAAAGAAAAAUUGGGGUAAGUCAUGGGUAAGGUAAACAAAUGGGGAAAAUACUAAAACUACUUUGAGAUAAAUAAUUUGUGGGAACUAUAUUGAGCUUGGGCGAUUCUGAGAUAUGUAAUAAAAUUACAACAAAUAUCCGCAUAAUCCUCAGGCUCUGCAUUUUCCUGUAGCUUACACCGCUGAUGAGCAAUUUUUUCCAUGACUGCAGCAUGUACAACCCUUUUGAGCCAGUUAUUGAUUGUAAAAUUUGAAACCAUCUUUCCAUCCCUGGGCCCACAGCAGGGCAGGUUUCCGCUACAAGAUAAAGGACAAAUGGUUUUAAUGUUGCUGAGGAGCUGUUGCUUUAAAAUGUAGAGAGGAGGUACUGAACUUGAACUGGCUGGACUACGUUACCAAUAAUGUUGCUAAUUUCCCCCAUAACUGCAACCCAGAACUGACUCUUUGCAUUUCCUUCCCUCUGAUGAAACAACCUUUUUUAUGAUAGUAGGGUCUAGUAUAUAGAAGACCUCUAUCCCACUUUUAAAUAUGGGUUCUCAGAGCUGCUUGCGAAAGAAAAAUAAAACAAUAUGAAUAAGCAUCAAAUGAAAACAAAUAGCAUAAAAUGGAACAGGUCCAUUAAAGCCAGCAGUUAAGUGCCUCAGCAAAUUGAUUCACCUGCAGGGUUGACUGCUUCAGCCUGGAGCUCUACUGGCAAGCACCAUGCUGCUGUCAGGAGGACACCACUCCCCACCCCCCAAAACCACAAAUCACCACUGGCUUUAUCUAUGGUGUUACAGAUACAUUGUGAUGCCUGGAUUGCAGUGCGAAACUUAAAUAUUUGCCCUAUUCGGACAUGGAUUCCAGAGGUUUCUGGCUAGUGUCUGGGAUGACUGUUGCAAAUAGCUAAACCAGAACAUCAUUUACAGAAACAGCGGUAAUGGUACCAAAAGCUUUGCUCUGCAGACCAAAACUGAUUGGGAGGCUACGUGUACUCUUAAAAACUCUUCAUGCUCCUACAGAGAUUAAAAUCCUUUAUAGUGAGAAACACAUGUAUUCAGUAGAUUUUCAUUUACGAAAAUAUUGGUUGACUUCAAGGUGGCGCAGGGAGCUUGUUAGCUUAUUGCCAUGGAUAUAGUUUUCUGGGAUAUUCAUUAGAACUCACUUGAAAACCGUACUAAUGUCACUUAUGUGGCCUCAUUAAAAUCUGCGUAAGUGCUAGAGUAGAGCUAUGCAGAUCAAGCUUUCUUAAGUACUGUCCUAUUUCUGUUGGUUUCUGUGGGACCAAGUAGCAGUCUGUAUUCCUGAGUGAUGUUCUUGCUCUUCUCCAAGUUCACAUAAGCAUUUGUGAAUUUUUAUAGCUUGGUAUGUACAACAGCAUUCAAGGAUGUUUUCUGUUUUGUAUGUUUGAGGAAGAAUAGCUGUACUUGGAUCUUUUACCCACCCUUUCUUGUAUUGGAGUAACUUUCACUGUGGAGAGAGUGGGAUUAUCCGGCUUCAAGCGUUCCGUGUUGCUUUAAUGUUUGCAUUGUGCAGUCAUAACAUUUGUUCCCUGUUGAGAAGAGGGGUCAGCAAAUCAGAAUCCAACCUCAGGACCUGCAUUUUGUCCCUGCAGCCUGUCUCAUUCCUGAAGUAAACCUUUCCCCAGGACUGCAUUUAAACAGUUUGGUGGAUGUUAAUCUUGGUUUCAGAUUCUGGUUUAAGGGAAUUGUUGGUUAGUUCUAACCAGGUUUAAUAUUAGUGCUGACAGAUUCCUUCAGCAUAGUUAAGACAUGGGGAAUGGGUGGGAGUUUUUUCAGGGAGGUAGCACAUAUUUCUAGUAGAGGUUAUGUCUGUCAUUAUCGUAGAAUUGGAAGGGCUACAGGGUCAUCUACAAUGCAGGAAUCUUUUCUAACCCACAACCCUGAGAUCAAUUCUCCUGCUCUAUUGGCUGAGUCCAGUCUGCCAAGUGCACUGCUGUUGUUGCUGCUACUCAUAGUAUAUUCAUUCAAUGUGGGACUUCUGCGGGAACAAAGAAAAUGCUUCUGCUUUCAAUGGGGAAAUAACAUUUUCUUUGUAUAAACACAUGUCAAGUAAGGCUUUAUUGUCAUUCUACAGUUGUGGUGGUGGAGAGCAGCAGUUUGUGUUUCUGCUUGUAUAUUUGUUUGGGGUUGCUUGGCUUUAUGACCGCUUUCUUGUGAGUCCAGGUGUACAAACUCCUACCAGCUACAAAUGCAGCAGAGGAAAACUGGAUCUGGUGUUUGAGCUUUUCUUGUUUAAAGAACUAAUGAUGUAUAUUAUUCUGUAAGAUGCCUUAGUGGUUGUUGACACUGCUUUGUUUUCAGGUGUGAAAAUAUUGACACACUUAGCACUUCAAAGCAUAGUAUUAUUAGGAUUACUUUGUGUAGGAAAAUGCCAUUAGCCUUGUAGAUUCUUUCUCAAUUCUGAAUAAUAUUUUUUUUAAAAAAGAUUAUGUGGCUAACAAAACACAAAACGAAAAUCCUGUAUUGUGAGAGAUGAUUAAUUGUGUUUGAUUGGAUGUGCAGAACAACUUGUGUAAACACAGUAGAACUUCCCCAUCCCCAAAAUCUGCUCUGGAGAGUUGGGGGCAAACCCAAAGCAAAUUUGGGGGCUGCAGGGGGAAGAAAGAGAGGGAAAGUUGUGUUGUACUCAUGGAAGUUCCACACAUACUGUGAAUUAGUUGGAUGCAACUCUUCUUAAUUGAAUUGUACAUUAGACUGUAUGUUUGAGUUAAGUUUGGUGUGUCCUAUAUUUGUAACCAUGAUCAUUUUUUAUGAAUGGAAUUCUCACAUCUUAUUUUCCCCACAGAUUUGUACUAUGGUGGAGAAGCUUUCUCUGUAGAGCAGCCACAGUCUUUUACUUGUCCUUAUUGUGGAAAAAUGGGGUAUACGGAAACAUCUCUUCAAGAACACGUUACUUCAGAACAUGCAGAAACAUCAACAGAAGUGGUAAGCACAGUCAGCCUUGCUUCUGAAUAACACCAACAAUAACUUGAAACUUGAAAUUCUGCCUAUCGUAGGGGUUUUUUAAAAUAGAAAAUUAGUUAUAAUGUAUGAAUACUAAUUUAAUAUUAAAAGUUGCAGGAGAUCACUUACCAAUGUCUUUUCCCCCCCAUUGACAAUUUUAUUUUCAAGUUUUCUCUUCUGGCCCCGCUCCCCUGGAAAAUCCUGCCAUGGAAAAUAAUACAGACUUUACCUUGAGAAUGUACCAUAUCUGAGCAAAUGCAGUUGCCCUUUCUCCAUUCUGAAUGCAAGGCCAUGCUAUUUACACUUGGAGGAAACGUGUGACCAAAAGGCUUUAAAAGAGAAUCAAGCAAAUUCAUGGAACAGAGGGCUAUUGAGGGCUAGUAGCCAGGAUAGCUGUGGUCUCCCUCCAUAGCUGGAGGCAGCAGAGCUUUCGAAUAUCAGCUUCUGGAAACCACAGGAGGGGAGAAUGCUCUUGCGCUUCAAUCCUGGGGGCUGAUUUCCCACAGGCAUGAGUUCGGCCACUGAGAGAACAGGAUGCUGGAUUAGAUGGGCCACUGGCUUGAUACAGCAGGCUCUUCCUAUUUUCAUUGUUUAGAGUAAAAUACCCAACACUGGAAAGAAACACUUCAGCCAAAUAUCUAUCUUUAGGGUGUUCAGAGACCUUCACUCACAUUAUCCCAGUAAUCCUUACAACUAUCCUUUAAGGUAGACCAGUAUUUAUUACUAUCCAUGCGUUGCCAGAGGCAGCCCAUGAAGCUCAUUUGAGCCAGAGACUUGCUGGCUUGUAGCUCAUACUCUUAACUAUGCAAUAUGCUAGCUUUCAGAGGAUAGCAUUCAUGGGAGAAUAUUCAAAAAUACUUGGGUUGUGAUUUCUUUUGGGGGGGGGAGCAUCAGAGGAAACCUGGUUCUCUCAUUUUCUAUGCUUUGGUUACAGUAAGAUCCCUGUUCUUUUGUAAACAUCGCAAGCUUGAGCUUAGUAGGGUGCAGUUUCACUUUUACCUAGGUAAAGGUACCUAUAUAGUGUUGCCAUUGAAUCAGCAUGUUCUGAGUCCUUCAGCUUGUGGACAGUUUGGUGGUUGGAGAAUAAAACAAAUUUUGCUUCCAAGUGCAGGUUUAAAUAAGAAAUUUGGUGUGGAAAUUGCUAGUUUUCAGUUAAAGAAUGUUCAGCUGAUUCAUCAUUUUCCUUUUAAUUGAUUAUGUGUAACUAAAUAUGCACAUUAUCAAAACCUCCAUAUGCUGGCUUGAAAUACUGGACGAAGAACAUCUGUUCCAUUAUUGUCCUUAUAGCAAGGUGUUCCAAAUAUGUAACCAAGCACACCUUUCUGUAGUUGAGGUAUUUUUAUACCUUAUUGAAAAGCUCAGUUAAUACUCAGAGUUCAAGCUUUCAUUGACUAAUCUACCAAUUAAACCUUACAGCACUACUGAUCUUACAAUUCAGCCUGUAACAUAGUUAGGAUUGAUUCCACAGGGUGGCAGUAAUGUUUCAUAGAUGUGAAAUACUAUACCAGUCUGAAUGGUGAUGAUAGUGCUUAGCAAAGUGCUCCAUUCUUCCUGGUAUCCCAGGCAUUGCUCUUGAGAGUUUUCUGUGCAAUGCCGUAGGGAGGUUAGGCUUAUUCCAGAAGUAAUCGGAGGAUCCAUAAUCCUGUCUCAUUCACUUAGAAGUCUCUCUGUCUCUGCAAAUGUGGCAGGUUGUUUGCAGGCAGCUCUUAAGCUUUUCCCCCCAUGCUCCAAACUGGUGACUUAGCAAAGGCAGUUCAGGUAACAACAAAAGAGAAUACUGGAAGGGGCAAAGGUGCCUGAGCACUGCCUAACAAAAUCAGAACUUGUAUAUAGGUUUAUUUAAAAUUGUAUUCAUCAGAUUUGAUGCACCAAUAGGUGUGGCACAGAAAAGCUUUGAAGUCUUGUAUGUUUUGGUCUCCUGGACAAACUCACACAGGAUUAUCUGUCAUUUAUAAAAAUGCUUGGGUUUAAAGAGACUGAAUAAAGGGAUGGAAGAAUUAUUGGGAAGCAAAACUUUGUAUGUGUCGAUGCAUGUUCUUGCAUAGUCAGAUAAGUCUGCAUUUUGUGUUCGUUUUACUUCUCAUUAUUGAAAGCAGAAUGGCACAAGAAGACACAGCAAGCUUAAAAGUAUGGAGACAUGGCUGAAGUUGUUUCCCGUCCCUUUAGUAAAAUGAUUGAGCUAAAUCAAAUCACUCAUUUAUUGAAACACAAGUGCUGUUAAAUCGUCCCUUUGUAAUCGUCUGUUUUCUGUCAAAAGUGGUUGCUGUGUGCCAUGUUUCUAAUUAUUAUUACAAUUGUUUUAUGUAUUGCCUUCUGAACCACUGAAUCAAGGCAAUUUGCACAUAGGAUAAUUAAAAACAGUUAAAAACACAAAAAAGAACAGAUGCCUUUAAAACAGAACUAAAACUUUUAACAAAUGGACACUCGUGGUAAACACCCAUUAAUCCAUCUGGGAAAUAUAUUUGAUGUUGCAUCUUCUUUGUGGUUUUGUUUGUUUUUUGCACAAGUCCGACUUUCAGUACUUUUAUCUGGCUUGAAAAUAACCUCUUGGCUGGGGUAAUAAUUGUUUUCAGACAAGACAGCCCUGUGUUUAGUAUUGUCCUGUAAUACUAGUACAAGUGGUAGGUGAUCUGCUUUUGUCCUCAUCUCCUGGAAAGGAGAAACAGCUCCUGUGUGCUGCCUCCAGAAUGAAGAUCCUCUGCUUUCAAGGCUGCUUACUAGGCUUUCUGUUUCUCUGCCUUUCUAGAGGGGGGGCGGGGCAAGUGCAAACCUCCAGAAUGAAGCUCUCUCAUAUAGAAUUCUGUUUGGAAGGAUGUGCCCCAGUUGCCUGGACUGACCCUAUAUUUCUUUCCUUCCCUUUCUCGGUAGCAGAGUGUUAGGGACAAAAAGUAGUUCUGUUACGGAAAGAUGGCUAGAGAAUCAGUCCAAGCAAGCCCCCUCCCCUGGAGUUUGCCAGGAUAAACUAGGUGGAGCUGAUGAACUACUUCCUCUCUAGCAAGGAAGAAUAUACCAUCCUACACUCUGUCUCCAUAGCAGUGCCAUGGAAGCCCCCUGCUCUUUUGCCGCCUUUUAGACACAAAGACCUCCGUGUUACGUCUGGGCGAGUCAGAAAAGAAGCAGUUGCUUUAAGAGCCGUGGUAUGUGAAGAAACUAUGAAGUACCAAGGACAGUUGCUCAUCUUGGCUCUUCCCUGUCCAGGAGCAUGAAAGGCACAGGGCUGUACCUGUUUGUAUGAUAGCAGCUCCUUCCUGUUUGUACUGGCAGCAAGGAGGGGAGCAGUGCUCAGGCAACAAUCAGGUGAAUGAAUCUGGUUGGGGGCUUUCACUGACUUCCUGAUUAUUUGGAAGGCUGGUGUUGAGAAUCAUUAUGAACUGGAGGGUGAGUUGUACUAGGGCUGCUAUUUUCUCAGCAUGAGAUAGUAGCUUCUGUUCAGCGUGUUGGUUUUUUUGGCCUUGAAGACACUUGCUCAUAUGGCCUUUCUUCUGUCAUUACAGAUUUGUCCGAUAUGUGCAGCAUUACCAGGAGGAGAUCCCAAUCAUGUUACGGAUGACUUUGCAGCUCAUCUUACACUGGAACAUAGAGCUCCAAGAGAUUUAAUAUCCUUGCCUAAGUCAAGAAGAAGCAACUGAAUAAUUUUUGCCUUCUAUACUAAUAGCCACCCAUGUUGAUUCUGAAAUAGGUGCUUUUGUUAGCGUGUUACAUAGUUUUCUUUGAAUAGCUAGAUAAGCAAGAAAAACUCUGCUUGGAGCACUUCAUGUUAAUUGCACCACUAUUGGCUAGUGUAAACUGAUAGGAUUUAUUUUCCUUUCUUUUGAGGAAAGAUUUGAAAGAAAAUACGUUCUGUCUGAGCAAGUAACCUCUCCUCAAGCUUUGGGAACGCUCCAAGAAAGCGUUCAGAAGAAUUACAAGAAGAGCUUGUAAUUCCAUUGGCAUGUUGCCUCUGAGACUGUAUUUUCUUGAUUUGCUUUAUUAUAGUUCUAUGCCGCUUUUCAUUCAGCUAUAUCCCAAAGCGGCUUACAAACAAUAAAUGACACUAACAUGACAGAACAUCACCAAUACAGCACAAAUGAUAUAGAAUAAUUUACAAAUCCUCAGUGAAACAAUUACAAUCUAUAAAACACUAUUAACAAAGCAACAACUAAAAAAAUAAGGUAAACCUCACAAUUAAUGCAAAAAUGUAUGAUUUAACAAAUACACACUCCCCACCCCCAUGACUGAUAAUCUUUUACUGUAUUUGGCUCAUUAAAAUACACAUACCCAUAAUGCCCAGGGGAGCAACUCCCUUCUGAAGGUUCCUUGGGCUGGAACUGGGGCAACGCGGGUGAAACUAGCCACCCCCUGAUAGCAAACAAAGUCUCUCUCCCCUCACAGUUCUUCCUCUUGAUUUGGCAUUUGCUUCGCAUUGCCCUGCUCUUUGCAUCUAUAAUGCUAAUAUUGUGCAAAAUUGUUUUUAAUACACCCAGUGUGAUUUUUUUAGAUAAGGGGAUCUGAAGAUAGAAAUGCAACUGCUAGGGUAAUUUUAUGACCUUGCUAGUUACUGGGGUUGUGCUUGGUUCACACCAAGCUAAGCUUCAGAAGGCACAAAAUAGCAGUGGUUCCCAAUUGGGAAUUGCCUAACCCACCCAGGGGGUCAGUGGUACCAUUCACAUAACAAAAACUACCUUGGAGAUAAUCAAAAUUUUCCAAAGUAGGGGGCGUCCAUGGCUUGACUUUUAAAUAACAAGAAAUCCACAAUACUUAGCUAAUUGGGAACCACUGUAUUAUAGCAUUGGGGGCAGGCAAGCUGGAGCAUGCCUCUAACUCUAGCAGAGAAGCACACCCCAAACUCAACACGUUUGGGAUGCCAGCGUUUACACUAAGCAGAGUCUGCAUACUCGGUGCAUCUGCUCUAUGUGACCAUAAUUGUGUCGAAUAAUUGGGCCCUUUCACCAAGUCUGGUGUUCCAUUCCUCCCACGCAAGUAAUGCAAUGGGGAGGGAAAUUGCUGCGUCUGCUCUUCAGAUGCCAUGAUUGCAGCACUAGGCUGGGAGGAGAGAUUUAGGCCUCUCAGCCCAGCGCUGGCCACGAGAGUGGUGUGUUCCCAUUAACAAGAGCUGGGGCGGGGAGGUGUGUUUGCAUACAGUAUGGAUGCCUGGUGAGUGUAGUGCACGGGCCUUGGAGGGCUGGCUAGCCUUGAAUGUGGUCAUUGCUCCUCUAAACUAAGAAGGAAGCUUUGCUCCUGUUCUUUACAAGUACAUUGCCUUAGUGGCUAAGGCGUCCCUGUUUGCGUGUUGACACUUUCCUUCCUUAACUCAUUGCUUACGACGAAUCCAGUGGUGUUCGGCAUGUACGUAGAAUGUUUCACCCAGGCCGGGGUUUGGGUGGCCCUCGCGCACGUAGAUCCAACAUGCACUUUACUAGCAGUUCCACUGGUGGUUUUUCAUCUUCGCAGAGUUCAUAUUCUCCAAGCAAUAGGGAAGCCAUGGAUCCUAUAGCUGGUAAGAUUUGUGAACAUUUACAUAUCCUUUUGUAUUUUUGUGCACUUGCAUGAUUUAAAUUCUUCCACCUUGCCCCCCAAAAGCAGGAAUAUCUGUUGUUAGAUUUUAUCUCUGUUCCCUCUAGAAUAGUCUUCAGUGAAUCAGAGCUUUAAACAUCCACAUGGAUGUUUAUAUUUUUAAGAAGUUGCUGCAACGAUGAACUAUUUGGGCUGGCUGAGAAAGUUUUAAGGAACUGCUGCUUUGAGCAAUAAUUCCGGCCACUUCAAAAGUAUCCUCAGGGCUUGUUGAAUGUACUACUGUGCUGUUAAAACACUAACAAUGUGUCAGGGUAGGGGGAUCAUUGGGGCUGCAUUUUAGGGACUGUGAGUAUACCUUCAUCUGUUUUACCUUGUAGUAGCAAAAUGGGAAGCUUAUGGAAUAGAUAUUGUGGGAGAGUGAGGUGGUAGUGGCAGAGGACUGAAAUACCGAGAUAGUUUGGUUACAUUAGAUUUCACUCUUAAUCCUUUUUUUUAUAUUGGCAGAGCUUUUAUCUCAGUUGUCCGGUGUGAGGCGUUCUGCAGGGGGACAGCUCAAUUCCUCUGGCCCUUCCGCGUCUCAAUUGCAGCAACUGCAGAUGCAACUGCAGUUAGAACGGCAGCAUGCACAGGCGGCACGGCAACAACUGGAGACUGCACGUAACGCGACAAGGCGCGCCAACACUAGUGGCGUCACCACCACUAUUACACAAUCCACAGCAACAACCAACACAUCCAACACAGAAAACAGUCAGCAGGCUAUCCAGAACUCUCAGUUCCUCCUUACAAGGUAACUCGUUCUAGAGGGUCGGAAUUGCAAUUAUUGGUUCUGAAUCACUCCAGGAAUUCAUCCCCGCUUUUGAAAUUUGUGUAUUUUGGUGGCAUGUUCCUCCUUCCCACAAGCUGCUUUUUAGCCACCUCCUUCAGCAGUCAUUAUCUGCAGCCAAUCACACGUAAACUUUUGUGCCUUUUCUGUUACCGCUUGUAUCUACUAAAAUGAAAUUGUUGGCUUAAGUGGCAAAGGGCAGAGAGGGGAUAGAGUUUUAAAGUGGCUCAAACUGUAAUUUAAAAGGAGGCGUUGAAUACAAGUUUUUCUUGCAAUUCGCAUUCCUGGAAAAAUCAAGAAAAUUACUGAGCAAUCUGAGGGCCGUUUAAUACAGUGCUGUUAUGUGUAGAUGCACUUCAUUAUGUUUAUCUCUGAAUUCCUAGAUGCUGGCGUAUUUUAAAAAAUAUUAUGAAUCAAAAUAUAUUACAACAAAUUAAAUCCUUCAUAUACAUAUUCUCAAAUCUACGCAUUACAAAAAUUGUAUCUGUUGUAAAGUAGAAAUACCGAUAUAGUAAUGGAUUCAUCAAAUAUUUCUCUUUAAUUUCUCUUUAAACAAAAUCUCUAUGAGAACUCAUAAUAUAGAACAAAAGGGAACCAAUUAAUAAUGGUCCUCCACUGUAGACUGAUUAUCAUAUUUUAAAUAUUAUGUUAUUUUUAAAUCAGUUUCAUUUCUUCUGACACAUUCCAAAGACAUUAUUUUACUGAAGGAAACUGAGUGUGUUGUCAGUAUCAAGCUGUGGCCAACUGCCAUCACAAUUUACAUUAUAUGCUAACUUUGAAAUAGUUUAUAAAGCCUAAAAGGAAAGUUAGAUCCUGUAGAACUGAGACUAAUAAUCGUCUGCUUGCCACGUGUGCCCACUACAUAUGAUUAGCAGCUUCCACUGUCUCCCAGCAGCCUGCUUUUGUACCAUUAGAAGUCUUAGGUAACCCCAGUGGAGUAAAAUACCACAUAUGGAGUACCAUGGCAUGGGCCUCUCAAAUCUACACAGAUAUACACAGUUGCCAUAUUUUGAAAAACUUAGUCACAUAUUUGAAAAGAGAAUUCUUAAGCCCCUUUCCCACUUACUCAUUUUGGCCUCAGUAACUUUGGCCCCUUCAGUUUGGCCCUUCAACUUUGCCUUGCUUACUUCCUCUGUAAGAUUACUUUUCCUUUCUCAAUUUUAUCUUAAGGGAAUGCCUUCUUUAAAAAAAUAGAGAAGGAACCUUGUUUUAAACAUCUCGUUUGUUGUGAUUCCUUCGUUUAAAAAGGUCUUCUUCUUUGCUUACAUCUCGGUAACUUUUAUACUUUUGAUCAGAUAAAUUCUAAAAGAUACCCAAUACCAUCUUUGGGUCAGAAUAAUCCCUGUGUGAAGAUUCCUGGGAAAUAGAUUUUAAUCUCAUCUCCUGAAUAGGUUCCUGGGGUCCUCCCUUUGUAGCAUAAUGUCAUAGCAACAUUCCAUUUUGUUACAUUUUCACACAAAAAGUACCAAGGUGGCAAACUAUCUGAUAGCAGAAGAUGGGAAAGUUGAAUGCCGUGUGCAGCAUACAUUCAACUAUCUGAGCAGUAAUCCCUCCAGUUACUAUGCAGGUUUGCUAAAGUUGUACUACCCUGCGGUAAACCGAGAAUUUUUCAGGGGAACUGAAUGGGUUCCAUAGAAGCAGCAUUGGAGCAGUUAAGGUCUCAGAGUGCUGGUGGUAGGGACUCAGGGUAUUGGAUAUAAUCAAGGAGUGAUCAUUGGCAGUCUGAUCGUCUCUUUCCCAAUGUAGAAAUAAAUCAGAUGCAUCUUUUCUGAACCCAAGACAUCCACAGGUCUUUUCAUGAUCUUGUAGAUUAUUAGACAGUGUUCCCAAGCCUCAGAAUUUUCAGCUAUAUCCUGUUUUCUCUCCCCUUCUUGUGCAGGUUGAACGAUCCCAAGAUGUCUGAAGUAGAGCGUCAGUCAAUGGAGAGUGAGCGAGCUGACCGCAGCCUGUUUGUUCAAGAGCUUCUGCUGUCCACUUUAAUGCGGGAAGAAAGCUCCUCCUCUGAUGAGGACGAGCGUGGGGAGGUUGCCGAUUUUGGUGCUAUGGGCUGUGUAGAUAUUAUGCCUUUAGAUGUUGCUUUAGAAAAUCUAAAUUUAAAAGAGAGUAAUAAAGGAAACGAGCCUCCUCCACCUCCUCUUUGAUGACAUCCCACUUCGCAGACAAUGUCCUCUGUGCUGUAUUUGCCAAUGAAAGUGGACAACAACUAUCUUGGGUUUGUUUUGGUGAUUGUAAUUUCAGGUCUGUCACUCUUGUUACAUUGUGUACAUUCAAAGGAAGAGAGAAAGAUAUAUAUGAUAAUCAUUUCCACUUAAAAAUAAUUUUUACUUCUAGCAGGUAAAUGUAGGUUGCAGAUCAGAGGGGAAAUCCUCUGUGCCCUGUACUUUUUGACAUGCAAAAAGGUUCUCCUAAUACUCCACAUUCAAACUGAAGAGGAAAAAAAAAUGAAAUCUCUAAUGAAGCUGCUGUGUGUAUUUAUGAAUAUUAAUGAAUAAAAACUGCUUGGAUGGUUUACCUUUACUGCAUGAGGUUUUUUGCAGCGUGCAUGAGUUUUAGUGACCUUGUCAUUUAAAAAAAUUUAAAUACAAGGAGUAAAACUAUAAACGACUCCCUCCCCCUCCCCCAAAAGCUUUCCCAUUAUUCAAAGGUUACAAGGCAAAGAAGUUAAUGCUCACUUGGCAUUGUGUGGCCAUCAAGUAGCUUUUGAAUAAUGUACGUCUGAACCACUUUUAUUACAUGUGCCGUUUGCACAUCAUGCAAGCUCUGCAGUGGGACAGCUUGUUUCCAGGGUGUGACGUUUUGCUCGGUGUGACCCUUGCGUUGCUCUCUUUAACCACCGCACAUCCACCUGGAGUUUCAGCCUGCUUUUUAUGCAUCUCUAGGAGACACAAAAGUAAGGCCACUGCCAAAAUCUUCUGGCAAAGGGGGCUUUUUGUGUGCCCUAUAAUCAAAAUACUUGUUCAACUUUGUUUAAAACAAGUUUAAAACAAAAAACUUUGUUUUUUUUCCUUUUUGUGGUUGUUAAAAGAAAACCAUUUUCAAACUGUUAAAACAUGUUUUAUUCAGGUGUAGAUUAUUCAUUUGCUCAUUGUCUUAAAAGAAAACAAAAGUUAACCUGGAUUAUGUUGUCUUAGUUUUAAAAACCUUCACAGUCUCAAUCAUAUGUUUUUGAGUUAUUUAUGUAUUUGCUACCUAGUUUGCAGAGACUUGUCAGCAACAGGAGAGCUUGAGGAGGUUGACUUCCCAAACUUUUGUCAAUAUAGUACAACUGCAUUCUUAAUGCUAAUUCUAGCACCUUUUUAUUUAUUAUUUCUUGAUUUUUUUUCCUGGUAUAAAAAAAAAGUAAAAAGCCUUUUUAAUUGAAUCAUGCCACCUACAUGCCUAUACUAUUAAUCCUGUAUGUAUAAAAAUGUACAGUGUUUUUGUGCAUAGACUUUCAUAAUAGCCCCAAGGCAGGGACAGGAGGGUUUUUUUUUGUUUUGGGGGGUUGGGGUGGUGGGGAAGGGAAUGUAAAGUUAGACUAUAAAGACAAAAUUGCACACAGCUUCUGAUUAAAUCUAAACUAGGCUUAGACAAUAAUCAUGUUUCUCUCUGGUUCUCUCACUUUCUUCAUCUCUAUCUCCCCUCUCAACCCUUUCCACCUGUGCUACAUAGCAAGCAUCUUAGAAUUGAAUUGCAGACUUGAGCAGUAUGGUGGGGUUUUAAAAGGACAGAUUCUCAUCAAAAAUGGGAAAAAGCCCCACCCACUGGUUUUUAGUUUCUGACUCCAGUUAUUUCUAUAUAAAAUACAGUACUAGAUUUGGUUCUUUUUUUUAGUCUCUGCAACAGAAUGUUCUAAGGGGGAAUUUUACAGCAGCCCUCUGGUUAUCUUGGGAGUUUAACCCAGCUAGGGAUUUUUUUUUUAAUUGUUGAGGAUUUUCAAAACCAGUUUUCAAGCUGUAGUCUUUUCAAACACACCUGCACAUUACAAUAAGACACGCAGUUCAAUAAAGCAUUUUCAAGACUGUU